CUUAUAAACACACCCUGUUUGUGAUCUCUCUCCAGCUGAGCGUUCAGCCCCUGUUUGUGUUCUGGGUUCUGCACUCAGAAAGGACCCAUGAGACUGACACAGGGAGAAACACACUAAGGUAUGGUACCUUCUGGGGACUUUGUCAGUGUGGGAGCCCAUCAGAGACACAGGGAGGCAGUUAACUGACCCCAACUAACUAUGCUGCUCUUUGCUUAGUGAUAUUACUGAGCUUUUUUACCAGUUCCAUGUCUUCAUGGCAGUACCCACAGCUAACAGGGACUGGCACAGGACCUCAUGGCAUUCCAGGUACCCUUUAUCUCUUCCUGGAUAGUUCACAACGGGUCUGUAGUCACCUAUAGCGUCCUAGAGGGUUACUUAGCAUACUGGGAGUUGUGAUCCAUCGCAGCUUGAAUGCCAAUGAUACUCUACAGGUGGCUGUUGAAACCUGAAACUGGCUGGGCGUGAUAGGAGUCGCAGUUAACAGUGGUUGCCUACCUCUAUCACCCUAAACACAGCAUACAGGGGGUUAAAUAAGCCCAUUUAGCAGGAAAUAGAGCACUUGCCAUUGAGAGCUGUCAGUUUUUUUCCCCCUUGUUCAUUAAGUCACUUUAUUGCCCAUGGCUCAUUGCUGGUGUCAGUGUAUUCUGGACAAUUUUCCAGAGAGUCUGAUAUUUGUGGUACAGAUGUUGAUUGGGAUUUCGAUAUUGUGUGUGUGUGUUUUGUUUUGUUUUUUGAGCAUACAGGAGUUAGCAUGUUUGUAUGAUGUAUGAUCAUUGGGUGAGUUGUGGUCUUAAUUCUGGGGUAUUUAGGUGACAAUGCAGCAAUGGUUACUUACUUACAAGCUGACCACAGUUCUGAUCUCCUGUCACAUGAAGUGACCUGUUGAUUUGAGUUUGCAUGACUAUAUCAGAUAAUAGCCAACAUUCUAACAUAUACAGUAUAGAGCUCUUGCACAUUCAAUGCUUUCAUUAUUAGUUAUAAUAUUUUUGUAUUUUUGUACAUCAGUUCACUCCAUCUAUAAAUGUGUGACUUGCCAAAUGUUAUCUUACCCCAGCUGCAAUAUGCAGAAUAGCACAUAGCGGCAAUCAUCCUGUCAUACAAGAUGGAAGAAAUAAAAAAGAAUGUAUUUUGUGACAAAUUGUUACAACCAAAAACCAAAGGCAGGUUGAGGAAGCAAAUUCUCCAAUUCAGCUAGUUUUCCAAUUUGACUAUUCCCACCCAAAUGUGAAAUUUGUCAGUCAAUCCAGCAGAGUGUUGAAUUAACUCCUGAUGUUAACCUAUGUAUCAAUAAAGACUAAUCCCAUAACUCGCUGGUUAUAAAUCAGUCUCUCCGACAGUGUGUGCUUUAUAUCUGAUCCAGUUUCUUCUCCCUUUCCUGGACUGAAGUUGUACCCUCUCUUCUAUUCCCUUAUUAAUUUCUCUCUUUCUCUUUAAAAAUGUUAGGCCUAAUAUAGGUGACUUUAGGAACUUUUUCAGGGUUUGGCUAUUUUGGCAUUAAAUUUGAAAUUCACUUUGAAUUCCCAACAAUUCUCACUUUACUAAAUAGUGCUGACUGUGUCUCUCUCAUCAUACUCACCAAACAUUACUGUGAGUUUUAUUGUCGUGAAUGCUACUCAUAAAUCCGAAAUAAUUCCAUGUAUAACCACCCACCAUGCUCCAUAUUUCAUCUCCAUGGUAGAUUGGUAGAUUUUGUGCCCCGUGUUACAUAAAGCCCCCUUUGUCGUAAAUCAUUCGUCUUUAUCCAAAUCCCUCACAUGUCAUAUAUCAUGUUCCAUUAUUUCUCAUCUCAGCUCAACUAUUUAUCAUCCGGCUGUGGGUCCAAUUUAUUUCUCAUUUACCAUCAGGUUUUACUCUAUCUUGGCAUAUCUCGUCCUCCGCACUUGGCCAUAAUUUGUUGACUUUUGAGUCCCCUCCAUUUCUCUAGGAGGGAGGUCUUGGCCAUUGGUUAUCAGGUGCUUUGAUUUGUGCAAUCACUAGGCGGCAGUGACCCUCUCAGUGGAUAAGGACCUAGUUUGCCCCCUAAACAAAAUGCGCAACGUAGCCCAUAAAUUAUUGCCAGGCAGGUAAAGGUGCCUUAUAACGACUAUAACCAGUCCAUGGUUGGACCUUACAUACAGACCAUACUCAAUUGCUAGUUGGCCGUGUAGGAUGUCUUCCUAGAGAUUAUGCUCUGAAUGAAAAUUACAGGAUUAACGCAUGUUCACAUACCUUAUGUUGGGCUUGUUUCUACUUCCUUUUUUUGUUUUCUCAACAUUUUUUGUAUCUUAAUGAUUAUACUCCUUCCAACUCUAGAGACUUGCUUUUAUAUUAAAUAUAUUGUCUUCAUUGUGCUGGCUGUCAAUAUCUGUGCACAGCCAUUUUGUGUUUUUGUCAUCCCCCAUGUUUACUGUUUGCUCUUUGUGGGAUUCAUUUUACUGAUUCAAUUUGUGUAAAUAUGAUAGGCAGCUGAAACUGAACCUUGCUUAAAGGGACACCAUAAGCACCAACACAACUUUAGAGCAUGCCCCUGUAGUCGAACUUCUCAAUUCUUACAUAUAGGAAUUUCAUAUAAUUGUUUAUCUGGCUACAUUUCCCUUGGCUGAGACUCACGUAGUCUUACUACACACUUCCUGAAAACAAGUCUAAACAUUUUGGCUUCCUUUGAUGCACAGUGUUCUUAUCUCCUACUCUGCCUGCUAGAGUCUACUAGAGCCUCUUGUCUGUGAUUAAAGUCAAAUUAGCAGAGCAGGUGAAAUAAUCUUCUAAAGUAAACACACUGUGCUGUUAGAUCUGAUUAAAAGUGAAAUAAUUCUGUCAUGCCAUUGAAAACAUUGCCUUUCUGCUGGAACUGUAAUGUUUUCUUUGCAGGAUUAACCUAUGCUUUGUGAAAUAGAGACGAUCUGAUUGGUGUGGUGUGGCGUUUUGUUGUGCAUGUGCACUAGCCUCCCAAUGUUUUCCUACAAAAAAGAAGCAUUGGAUUGGGUCAUCGAACUUUAUGACAUCAGGCAAGGAGGUGGGACCAGCUGUGGACAUCGCAGCAUGGUGUUGGAUGCAAGGUGAGUUAACUCUUGAGGAGUUAACUUUUUUAACCUUUGUGACCUAAAUUGUGACUAGGGCACUAUAGCGUUAGUAAUACACAUUUGUAUUUGUUUUCCUAACAGUAUAGGGUUCCUUUAACUCCUAAAUAUUGGAGAUUUGAGCAGUGAGAUUGCAGGGACAAAUCUAUACACCAAAACCACUUAGAUAAAAUAAAGGUGUUUCGGUGUUUAGAGUAUUCCUGUAAGCUCUGCCCAUUGUCAAGUUUUGUCAACUUUACUGCUAAAAAUACUGAAAAGCAGUCCUUAAUUUUAGUUUUUUAUUUUAUGAAAACUGGAGUGUUCAGGAGAAAAAGUAAAGUUUCGUAGGCCGAGAGCUGUAUAGAAGCAGAUUAGAUACAUUUAUUUAUUUUUGGUGACAGAGCUGCAUAAGAUACAAAAAUGCAUUGCCAUGUCUGCUUGGAAAGUCAACCCUGUCAUUUUGUCUAUUUGUUUUUAACUAUAUUAUUAAUAUUGGCAUUUAUAAGGUACCAUUUUACAAAUUGCUGUACAAUGGGUAAAUAAACUUUUUGAAGAGAAGUGGUUUCCAUUUUGUAUUCCUCCUGAGUAUACCUCGGUAGUUUAGUGCUUUACUUAUGGUUGACACAGGAAUACCAGGAGAUAACUUUUGCCCCUAGCUACCAUCCUCCAGUCUUUGCCGAUCUCUUGGGAUACUGAAUGCCGUACUUUUGCAGUCACUUGAUUUGAAUAGUUGGCUAUAGUGAUCAGGUCUAUAAAUGGUAACAAUAAUGUAGAAUUUCUUCAAUUUGUGCAAUACCUUAUUGACUGCAGAAUGAUUGAGGUCAGAACCAUCAGCAUUAUCUCUGUAAAUCAAGAUGUUUCAUAGAGCAGGAGAAAGGAAAGCAAACUGAAUAUAAAAUGAAUGAUAAUUAAAAUAAUGCUCUUAAAGGGACACUCUAAGCAGCAGCUUAGUGUAUUGAUUUUGGUGCAAAGAGUCCCUGAAGUGUUUACAUUUGUCACUAGAUCUGCUUCCUGUUAGAGUCCCAAUCUUUCAAUUACGUUCUCGCUAUCGCAGAUCCUAUGUUCGCCAUCUUCACGUCCUGCACGAACGUGCUGUGCCAAUCAGCAUCUUUUCAUAAAUAAAGUACACAUUAUAUAAAUGCAUCUCUAUGAGGAGAUACCGAUUGGUGCAGUAAAAUGACUGACACACAUGUGCGUUAACCCGUUUAUUAAAUCUGUACUUCACUCCUGUAUUACGUUGCUCAUUUUACAUCUUUUUCUGGAACAGGCAGUGUAAUGUGAAAAAUAUAGCUCAACACAACAUCAAUAGGUUCUUCUCUUCUCCACAAUGUCCCAUAGGCUACAGGAAUGUAGAUGCCAUCAUGACCUGGCACACAAAAUGAAUUUAACAUUAAUUUUAUUUUUGCGCACUUCAAGAGGUUCUAUUACGAUCCUACCCAUUGCCCUACUGACUUACCUAUGGCUGUUUGCUAAGGUACAAUGGAGAUUCCAUCACCAACAAAGAGUAGAGCUGGUACACUUAUAGUUAGGUCCAGAAAUAUUUGGACACGGAUACAAUUUUCAUAAUUUUUUCUCUGUUUACCACCACAAUGGAUUUGAAAUGAAACAUCCAAGAAGCAAUUGAAGGGCAGACUUUCAGCUUUAAUUCAAGGGCUUGAACAAAAAUAUUGUGCUAAACAUUUAAGAAUUGCAACCAUUUUCAUACACAGUCCCUGUUUUAAGGGUCUCAAAUGUAAUUGGACAAUUUAACACAAUCAUAAAUAAAAUAUACAUUUUUAAUACUUUGCCAAGAAUCCUUUGUAGGCAAUGACUGCUUAAAAUGCAUGGACAUCACCAAACGUUGGAUUUACUCCUUUGUGAUGCUUUGCAAGGCCUUUACUGUCUACCAGCUGUCUUCGGUUGUUAUUUGUUUGUGGGUCUUUCUGCCUUAUGUUUUGUCUUCUGCAAGUGAAAUCCAUGCUCGAUUCGGUGGAAAUUAGGUGAUUGACUCGGCCAUUGCAGAAUAUUCCACUUUUUUUGCCUUAAAAAAACUUGCUUUCGCAGCAUGUUUUUGGAAUGCUGUUCCAGAACUGGGCUGACUUUUUUAGAUUUUUUUUUUGGCAACGUCUAUUGGCCUUUCUAUUCUUGAGGCUUAUGAAUGGUUUACACAUUGUGGUGAACCUUCUGUAUUUGCUCUUGUGAUGUCCUCUCUUUAUGGUAACUUGGAUAGCCAGCCUACUACCUGGAGUGUGUUCUUCACUUGGCUGGAUGUUCUGAAGGGGCUUAUCUUUACCAUGGAAAGGAUACUACGAUCACCCACCACUUUUGUCUUCCAUGAACAUCCAGGCCUUUUAGUGUUGCAGAGCUCACCGGUGUGUUUUUUUUUCCAGAAUGUAGCAAACUGUUGAUAUGGCCACUCCUGUUCCUGCCUUUCUCUCUAAUAGAGUUUUUUUGUUUGUUUGUGUUUUUGCAGCUAAUGGAUUUUUCAGGAUUUUCCUGUUUAACUUGCAUUGAGAGCUUCUUUGACCACAUUUUGUGGGUUCGCGUAAACAGCUUCCAAAUGCGGAAGCCACAUCUGGAAUCAACUCCGGGCCUUUUACCUGCUUAUUUGAUGAAGAAAUAACAAAGGAAAAACUCACAUUUGUUCAUGAAACUGCUUUUGAGUCAAUUGACCACUUUUGACUACUUGAAAAAGAGGGGGCUACAUAUUAAAGAGCUGUAAUUCUUAAACCCUUCCUUCAAUUUGAAUGAGGAUACCCUCAAAUUAAAGCUGAGAAUGCAUUUUAUCCCAUAUUCAUUAUGUAACUGUAACUUGAAUUUAUUUUGGUAUACAGCCUAAUUAACAAAAGUUGUGUCAGUGUCCAAAUAUUUUUGGGCCCAACUGUACAUUUCUAAACAAAAAAAACAACAAAUGCAUACUUCAGUGUUAUAUUCGGUAAAACAUAGACUACAUACUUUGCCAUGAACAUUGUAAGAGUGUCCCUGAUUAAAUGCCAGUCUACAAAUCCUAGCUGGGGCAGAUCUUGAUGAAUAUCGAAUAGGCCGGUUUGUACAGGAGUUUCCCAAACUUGUAGUUUAAUCCGCUGCUACAAUGCAGAGUUUAAUAAACAGAAUUCUAGGUUCAGUUUGCUCUCCAUAAAUGACAAAAAAGAAUUGGGGGCACACCCGGAACAUGCAUUUUGCAGAAAUAGUGCUGCCGUAGUGAUCAAAAUUCAUACAGAUUAACACAGAUUAAGCUGCAGCGCACACAUAAAAAUCAUUUUUUAAAUCUUAUAAAUUUACUUAAAAUCGCGUAUCUCAGCUACAAAAUAUGGGGAUUCAGUAACACAAUAUGGCCAUAUUGUGUUAAGCCCACCACUACUUCACAGUUCCCUAAUAUCGGUAGGUCCGACACUAAUUCCAAUAUGGGAGACAAAUUAAAUAGUACUAGUGCUAAAUAGAAGUGUAUUUAAUAAAUCUAUUUUAAAGCAUUGUGAGUAUAUAGAAUGCAAAAUGUGAUAAAAACUAAUAAAACACAGUGUCAAAACUAAACAAUUAAAGUGAUGGGUGUACUCACAAUGCAAAUUGGAUAUCUGCUCAGUGAAAGUGAUAAUAAAAGUGACAUUACUAUCCAAAAACUACUCUCCCUGCAAUGGCAAUGAAUUGAAAUCUCGUGUCUUGCCUUUCUGGAAGUGAGAUGGUUAAAAAACUAAUGUAUUCCAACAAACAGAACAUAAAAGUGCGGUCAGCUCCCGUUUCCUACUGUAAUAAGCUGCCACUGGAGAGGGUGGUUGAAGCACAAAGGGGAAAUUGCAUUUCUGUGAAAAAAGAAGAGAGCGUUUUUCUUUUUCCACCAAUCAGUAUUCAGUUCAUGCUUCUGAGAAGUUAACGUUUAACAACAGGGCUUGGGAAAUCCCAGGAGCCAGGAAGAGGCGACUCUUAGAAAAUAGUACUUCGAGUGCCUAGAUUCUUUCAUUUGUGUUUAUCCAAAACUAGAUGAGUCUUUCCUGGUUUCUCAGAAAAUCAGACAGGCACCUAAAUGUGUUUGUUUGACUCUUAAAUUAAAUGUAUCUGUUUUGAAGGGUAUUUAGACACUCAAGAUUCCGAGAACAUUGUUCCUGGCAUAUCCUGGCACAGAGAAUGUUGUUUUCCUCAAUGCUCAUUCUGCCUUUUUAAAUAAUUCUUUUCACAUGGAUUCUAUUAGUUUCCUGGUUACAUUUGGAUUUGAGACUUCCAAACUGGAGUUCCAAACAGAAAAAAAAAUAAAUUCAAGCCUUUAAUAAAAAAUUUUAUAAAAAUCUGAGCUCCUUAAAAAGGGGAGCUCUAGAAUAGUAAAGUGUAAAAAGGGGAAUUGGGGUCUCAAAGAAGGACAAUCUCUACUAAAGAGGGAAACGUGGAUGAUGGAUCUUCUCUUCUGCUCUAUAAUGUAACAUCAUUUUUUUAAAAGGCUCACUAAAUGCGCCAUAAUAUACAGUUUACUGUAGUGGUUAUAAAUAGGGAUGCACCGAAAUUUCGUCUGCUGAAAUUUUCGGCCGAAAAUGGGUCUAUCCAAUUUCAGCUGAAAACGGGUCAAAUUUGUGGAAAUGUAUUUUUUUAAUUAUUAUUUAUUUAUUUUUUAUAUUAUUUUUUUUUUUUGUAGUGCAUAGUUUAACAGACAUUCUUGACAAUUCAGAUGCUUAUAUAUCACAAUGAAAGAUAGUAAUGAUAACAUGAAAAGUCAAGAAUACUGCACUUGGGACGGAGGGGGAGAGAACACUAUGGAACAGGGGACGUGGGAAGAAACACUAUGGGACAGGGGAGGUGGGAAGAAACACUAUGGGACAGGGGAGGGGGGGAAAGAACACUAUGGGACAGGGGAGGGGGGAGGACACUAUGGGACAGGGGAGGGGUGUAAAGAACAUUAUGGGACGGGGGGGUGAAAAGAACACUAUUGGACCCAAGCGGCAAAACAUCGGGGCCGCACAUGAAGGGGUCCAUCUGGUGGCCCAUGCUGUUAGGGCCACCUGAUGGAGAUGGAUUUCCAGGGGUCCCAAUCACCGCUGGGCGCUUUAACAGCGGGACUGGGCCCCCUGUGAUGACAUCACACAGUGCUGGGAGGAAGUGACUGCCCCAGUCACUCCUCCCAGCAUACACAGAGCCCGCGCGGGAGGAAGGAGGAGGGAGUCAGAGUGGGAACUCUGACUCCUAUCAGGCUGAGCCCACAGUGGACCCCAGGGAAUGUCACCCCCCUGCAAAAGGUAGGAAACAGGAGGGUGACAAACAUUUUAUAUAUGUGUGUCUGUCUGUAUGUGUGUGUGUGUGUGUGUGUAUGUAUGCCUGUGUCUGUAUGUAUGUGUGGGGGGGUAUAUAUGUGUGUGUGUGUCUCUGUAUGUGUGUGUGUGUCUGUAUGUAUGCCUGUGUCUGUAUGUAUGUUUCGGGGGGUGGGCCCACAGAUCAGUUUCGCACUUUGUGUAUGGGUGUGUGUGUGUCUGUAUAUAUGUAUGUCUCUGUAUGUAUGUAUGAAAAACAAAAGAAAGUAGCGCUUAUAUUUCGAACAAUAAGUUAUCACCUUUUGGUAACAUUGAGGAGACGAAAAAACUUGAACAAUCGAUGAAUCGAAUACCUACAACACAAAUAAUCGAAUAUAGUGUAGACAGUAUGAUACUGAAUAAUAUAUUACACAUAAAUAGUAAAGCUCACUCACAAACAGGGAGCUAUAGACCUAGCUCCAGUUAAAAUUGCAUACGGAUCCGUUUAGGCGAUCCUCCCCUAUUUAAAAGAUAAAACGUAUCUUGUCCUGAGGGUAAAGCAGAAACGGAAAACGAUUGCGCAGUAUCGUUGAUAAAUAAUCAAAGUAUAAUAAAAUUCCCAAGUGGGUACUUACAAGGUUGGAGUCAAAACCUAUGACUCAAUUCACACGUUUUGUGCAGUUAGGGACUGCACUCCCAUCUGUGGUAAAUGAAUCCAGGGGUCCAAAACAAACUUCAAUUUAUUAAAACAAUAAAUAAAUAUAAAAUAAUAUGCAGCAAUAUGCUUUAAACCAAAAAAUACCCCUUGGUUAGAGAAUGCGCCUAAAGGACAAUUCCUUAGGAUCCGAAGGAAUUGCAGCGAUUUAAUACAUUAUGAGGAUCAGUCCACACGAAUUAAGACUGAUUUCCUGGCCAAGGGGUAUGAUGCUAACAGACUUCAAACCUCUAGACUAGAGAUAAAGGAUAGAGAAAGGAAAGAGUUACUAUCAUAUAAAAAAAGAACAGAUGGUACUGGUAUAGAGCAUAUUGCUGCACAUUAUUUUUUGGUUUAAAGCAUAUUGCUGCAUAUUAUUUUAUAUUUAUUUAUUUAUUGUUUUAAUAAAUUGAAGUUUGUUUUGGACCCCUGGAUUCAUUUACCACAGAUGGGAGUGCAGUCCCUAACUGCACAAAACGUGUGAACUGAGUCAUAGGUUUUGACUCCAACCUUGUAAGUACCCACUUGGGAAUUUUAUUAUACUUUGAUUAUUUAUCAACGAUACUGCGCAAUCGUUUUCCGUUUCUGCUUUACCCUCAGGACAAGAUACGUUUCAUCUUUUAAAUAGGGGAGGAUCGCCUAAACGGAUCCAUAUGCGAUUUUAACUGGAGCUAGGUCUAUAGCUCCCUGUUUGUGAGUGAGCUUUACUAUUUAUGUGUAAUAUAUUAUUUAGUAUCAUACUGUCUACACUAUAUUCGAUUAUUUGUGUUGUAGGUAUUCGAUUCAUCGAUUGUUCAAGUUUUUUCGUCUCCUCAAUGUUACCAAAAGGUGAUAACUUAUUGUUCGAAAUAUAAGCGCUACAUUCUUUUGUUUUUCAUAUAUUUUAUUUGCAAGUUUAGAAGGUUUUGCCUGAAUGUUUAGCAGCUAAUCUUUGUUAUAAUCUAUUUCAUUGGUAUAUUAUUUUAAAUAUUGAUACAUACAAGCGCUGGUUCUUACUUCCAAUUUUCUCUGUAUGUAUGUGUCUGUAACAUACAGACACAUACAUACAGAGACACACACAUACAUACACAUACACACAGACAUACAUACAGACACACACACAUACAGACUGUAUGUAUGUGUCUGUAAGUGUUUGUGUGUGUGUCUGUAUGUAUGUGUGUUUGUGUGCCUACGUAUGUGUAUGUGUCUGUGUGUCUGUAUGUAUGUGUCUGCGUAUGUCUGUCAGGGGUGUGUGUGUCUGUAUGUAUGUGUCUGUCGGGGGGUUAUGUGUGUGUUUUUCUGUCUGUAUGUGUGUGUCUGUCUCUGUGUAUGUGUCUGUGUGUGUCUGUGUGUGUGUGUGUCUGUAUGUGAGGCUGUGUCUGUAUGUAUGUGUGGGGGGGUGUAUGUGUGUGUGUCUUUCUGUAUGUGUGUGUGUGUCUGUAUGUAUGCCUGUGUCUGUAUGUAUGUUUCGGGGGGUGGACCCACGGAUCAGUUUCGCACUGGGGCCCCAUGGAUUGUGUUUCAUUAAAACGUCUAAUAUGAUAAAAUUAUAUAUAAAAAAAAAUAUUUUAAAAUAAUUUGGUGGAAAUAGUAAUUUUCGGUUUCGGUUUUUGUCCAAGGGCAUCCUGAAUUUUCGGAUUCGGUUUCUGCCCAGAAUAUUCAUUUCGGUGCAUCCCUAAUUAUAAAUCAAUGCGAUGGUGGAGCAUUCUGUUGAGGUUUUACCGGCAUUUGACGCCAACUCCCCACCCACCAGCUGGAAACCUAACAAUGAAGAAGUUCAAUCCUACCAUAAAAAUUAUAUUUAUGGUGUGGGCAUUCAUUGCACAGGUUACACUGUAUCAGUUUGGUGGCAACAAAAAGCUUAGCAGUAAUUAGCCACCAAAAGGGUUAAAUUAUUGUGUACCCCAGAGUUUAACAAAGUAUAUUUUCAUUCAGUACAAGAAUCUUCACCAUAAUCAGAAAAUUUCACUUUUAUUUGUUAGUGGGCUUUGGAUGAAGCCGUGCAAAUUUGAGGAACAUUAUCCAUAGCUUCUUAGCAUCAUAACCAUUAAGUGGUUAUAGUACUUGCAGAGUCUAGUUAACAUUUUAUUAUGUAUUUAUUUUAAAAAGCCCACUUUCCUGCUCAGUGAAAACCAUGCAAAUUAUACGGGUUAUUUUCUAAAGUUCUUUUUUUUUAUCCUGAUGGAUAAAAUUUGGUGCAAAUUAGCAGGUUCUGGUCGAAAUCCAAUCUUUUCAACUGAAUAAACACAAUUUAUUUGGUACCAUUAGAUCUCUGAUUUAAAAUCAGUACAGCCGAUUAUUAUGGGGGUGAGGGGAAUGAAGUUUCAUUAUCCCCUCAUACCCAAUACCUAUUAGUGGCAUGUUGGGGGUUAGUAAUAUAAUAAUAUGUAAUAAAGGGGGGACAUGCCCAUUUUCUUUCUCCCCAAUAAAUAUUGCACUCUGGUAGCAUCCCCAAGCUAUCCGCUCCCCCUAAUAUGUUUCUUACCUAGGCCUGCAAACUAAUAUCAUGCUAGUAAGUGGGGAACAAUAGAUCUGAAAUAAUGAAAAGGAAAAUCUACAUAGAUAUAUAUAUAUAAAAAGAUUUAUAUACUACCCUUUUCAUAAAAAUGCAGAUUAAAAUACAGUAUAUUGGGGCGGAGCCUGGACUGCAAGCAGGCAAGACAUGCAUCACACGAGCUCCUGCUUCGAAUACCGAAUACCCGGUGAUAUCCUGGGCUGGCAACCUGGUGACAUCUACUCAAGGUAAUUCCCAUGCUGGGGGCACCUAAACCUACCGGUGGAUACCUUACUCGACGCCCUAAGGUAACAGGAACCGCGGCGGCAGGUUGUGGCCUACUGGACUCAGACCGGGGGAGAGAAAUCCGCUCUCCUCCCGCUGAAUUAAACUACUCUAAGCACGACUCCACAGCCCCCCCUGUGGACUGGCAGGGGAUAUCCCGGUCCCCCCCUGGAGAGUGGAGUGCAGUCAGGUACACCAACGUUACCCCUGUAGCCCACUGGGCAGAUCACACAGUGCAUCCAUAUCCCCAUGAUGGCGGACGUAGCCUACACAACAGCACGUGGCACAGCUUCGACUAAGGGGACACUCGGUGACACCUAUGCCUACUCACUGAGGUGGCUGGACCAAAUCUUCCAGGUCUUUUGGCUUAAGGUACAAGCCUAUCUGCAAGUCACCGCUACCUACAGCUCAGUGCCGUGGAAGAAAAACAGGAGAAUGGGACACUCAGGCACGGUAAAGCCUCCUUAGAGCAUUAAAACUAAAACGUAGCUCCCGCGACCCCACUACCGCUCGCCCAGACGCAGUGCCACAUGAGGCAAGACCUCCAAGCAUCGUCCAUGCAGGUGGAGAACUGUGCACCAGCCGAGAAGAAUACUUACUACCUCCGUCACCCCUGUGAUAGGGAUAGGCUUGGUCCUUCGAUGAAUCCAGGUCUGUUGUUCACAAAUGCCGAGUAGGCACCACGCUUCACAGUACCACCAACCCAGUGAUGCAGCUACCCUGCCACCUGACCGAAUCGGCUAAGCUAGAUUCUGGGACUGAUACCGGGCUGGACUAUCCCCUUAACAACCAGAGAAGCUAAUUUUGCUUUUAAAUGCCAUGCACCAAACCUUGCCUUUUAUAUUCUUUCUUAUAAUUUGCUUUUCAUUUCUGUUACCUCUCCUUACGCUGUCUAAUGCCACUGCAGUGCAGCAUACUACUGAUACUGCACCCAGGGUUGCACUAACUGCGAUCUCGAUAGCAUGUUUAUCUAAAGUAACACUUGGAUAUAUCAACAUGUCUAGCUAGAUGGCCAAGUUACCAACCUUCAAUGAGCAUAACUAGUUUGAUUCAAAGUAUUUGGCCCUCCUUGUUUACUCUAGUAGUUAGACAUGAUUGAGUAGCUUGAGUUCCUCUUGUUUCUACAACAUUAUAAAAUAGGAGUCGUACCCUUAGUAGAUAGGGGUGUCUAUGAGUAUACAUCUGUGUAAAUUUCUCGACCCACUCAUACAGGUCAGAAUUAACUAUUGUGCUAUGCUUAUCAGGGCCCUCUUUAAUAUUGAUUGGACCCUGGGCAAAACAUUUGCUUGGGCCCCCUGGAUCCUGUACACCCAGGCGUGCAAUCACAUCACCCUUAACGCAGUGGCAACCUAAUGUAGAGAGGUGCAAGAAUAUUUUUUGGGCCUCCCUUUUGCAAGGAUGGUUAAAAGGUAGAUCCCCAUCUGUCGUGCAACUCCACAAUGCCUUGACAACUGGGGCUCUACCAUUUACCCAUGUUUGCAUUUAGCACUAAGCAGUUAUUGGUGUGUUUCAAUGUAAACAGGUUUUUGUACGGAAUAUGUUUGUAUGUGGUGUUGGCGUUUGAAUGUAAGCGUGUAUUUAUGUGUAGUGUUGGUUUUUGAAUGCAGGGGUGUGUAUACAUAUAAUGUUGGUCUUUAACACAGACAUGUAUUUGUAUGUAGUGCUGGAGCUUGAAUGCAGGGGUGUAUUUGUGUGUAGAGUUAGCGUGUGAAUGUUAAAAAUUAAAAAUACAGUAUAUUACGGCAAACUUUAAAAUAAAAAAUAAAAACCCGGUUCACAAAAAUGCUCAGGGGGGGGGGGAGGGGGGGGGAAUGCAAAUAUAAACCAAUCCAAAUGGUUCUACUGGGCUAAAUGUGUGAGAUUCCAAGAUGGCCACAUCCACCCUGGAAGAAAACAGAUCUAUAAGUGGUAAUUCCAGCUCUACGGACUAUAAAUUAUUAAGAUUAAUUAAAAUGAAGCUUUGUUUUAAACAGACUUAUGUAAAGAUCAUCUUAGUGGCAAUGCAACUUUAACAUUUUCAUGUAGAUUAUAUAUGUGUUUGUUCUGGGACUAAGCAUUGAAUUGAAAUUCCUUUCCGUGCUCUGAAAUCGCAUCAAAUAUUUAACGUUUUGUGACCUCUGUCUAAAUGUAGCAUAGCUAUAUCCCUUUGCAAUCUUCUUAUCUCACUGUAAUUUACAUGCCUUUUCCCAGAAUUUGCAUAAAUACAGUUUAUUAUAAUAGAAACCAACAAUGAAUAAAUAAUGGACAAGUCUCGCAAACACCCCAUCUAAACGUUUUUUCUAAAACAAUUUCACAUUUUAGCAGCGUAAACAGGGUUACUCUCAGUGUAUCAAUAAUUCAGUAAGAUAGUCUAUUGGCCUUUUUUUUUAUUGCCACAUUAAAGCUGAAGAAAGGAGUCGUGAUUGCAGGUUGGGACCUACGGAGGAUACUUCUAGUUCUGAGAUACUGUUUGAAAAACCUUCCAAAUUCAUUUUUUACAAAAAAUUCUAUAGACUUUCAUGGUGACUUCUGUAGAUGAAUCAUUUUGAAAGUUUUUUUAACCAUAUUGAAUCAUUUAGAAAGCUUAUUAAAUCAAGGCUUUUGUCCACUACUUGAUCUCAUUAGACUGAGAGAACAGUUAGGGAUAAGUCUUUAGAGACUAAGUCCAGGCCAGCAAAAGUCCCCUUGAAGAAGAGGUUUGGGAAUUUUCCUCCGGAGGAAUAUUUUAGAUAUUAAACAUUUAUUCACCAGCUGAAAGAAUUUUAGUUUGCCACAUGCCUGAUCUUGGAUCUAGGCUCACAUAUGGGCUGAAAAGCUGUAUUUAAAAGCUUUGUUUAAGCCUACGAACGCAAAGCUCUUUGACACAGUCCUCCGAACACCAUGCGGCAAAGCAGCUUUGGGCCUUGAUUAAAUAUGUUUGAAUACGUUUUUUAAAUAAUUUAUUAUUGUUGGAUAAACUAUUUAAAUUAUUUUAAUCAAAAUGUUCAAAUAUUAUUCAAAAUAUUAAAUCAUUUUCAAAAGUUUAUCCAAAAAUAUUUAAUCAAGGUCUUAGUGAUAUUUUUGUUUUGUGUUGUUUUUUAAUUUGUAUUGUUUUCUAAUUCUAUUUUUAUGGCCCAAAUUUUAAAUUCACUCUAAACUGUAUUUAAAUUUCUUAAAAAUUCACAUUUUCAUGAAUAACCUCUGUCUACAAAAUAAUUUUGUACUGUAUUUGCAAACCACCGCAUAAUCACAGCACUAUGUGCCAAAUAAAAACAAUGACAGAACUCGACAACUUAAGGAUAAUAAGAACAAUGGCAGAUUGGGCUGGAGGAGGGGUGGAUUCAGUUCCUGGAGUCUGUUGGGAAAGCAGGGAGUCCUUGUUUCCCCUCGAUGUGCAGCAAUAACAGCAGCGGGUGGAGGCCGUGUUUAGCUCCGCCCCCGCUGCCGGUUUGGCUCCCCCGCCGAUUAGCUCCACCCCCAUUUUUACAUGUGGCGGCUUUAAAGUUCUGGGCUGCCUGUCCCUGCGUGUGUGACCUGUGCGGCUGCGAUGGCAACCUGUCCCUGCUGCACAACUCACACAUCCUAAGGCCGCCCUGGUCAUGGCACCCCCGUAGUGAGUGUCACAAGGGGCAGACCGCCCCUCGGGGUCCCCCCCCCCUUAGUAUGCCACUGGCCCCUACAUUUCCUUAUGUAACAAAACUACACAAUUGAUGAAACCAAGAAAAUCGGAUUGGGAACACAACCACGCAAAUUAAUUUUCAGGGGACAUCGGGACAUUCCGUUUGUGUUUCCUAAGGAAUUUAAGGGACGUCUCCCACUUUUCUGCUCCUGACAUUUUAGUUUAUAAAGGAGCCUUGUCUCUGUACACUGAGAAAGCUGCGGUGAUUAAUCUCUUAUUCUGCUGCAACGGACGCCAUUAUCACUCAUUGGGUUAUUGUGAGCACAGAAACUGAAGGACGUUAAUGGUGACUAAUGUGGAUUUGUGUAUAAUUGGAUUUAAUGUAAUGUCACGGAUACAGGAAAUUGGCCUUGUGUGCAUACACUUUCUGGAAAGCAUGAUUUUAUUUAAAGAGGUACUUUGCUCCGUAAUUGCCUACCCACCACAUAAGAAAACUGCCUAUUAUUUACAUAUACUUAAUUUUAUAUUGCAUGUAGGAUAUAAAGAGCCAUAUCAUAUCUCCUUCAUGGUGGAAUACAGGGAUUUGCUCAGAAAACCACAGAUUCUGAUUGGUUGCUAACAAUGCUUUCUGCAGCUUUGUUGGUUUCCGCUAAUAACUGUCACUCAGUGUUAAAAACUGGGAUAAUUCCAAGAUGGCUGACUCCACACCGGGAAAAAAAAAACAGAUUAUCAUGUUGCAAUUACAGCUAUACUUAACUAUACCUUGCUCAGAUGCUCUAAAAUGAUUGUUUUUUUUAAUUGACUUAACCACAGAUUAUUGUAACAUGUUCUAUUAUAUUAUUGCUUUCGCCACAUUUUUUCUAAUUAACUACUUGCAGAACCACUUCCAAUAAGAAAUCAUUUAAAGUUAUAUACUUCUCCCGACAUCACCGGAAUGGAGGAGAACCCAAGAGCCGGGGGCAAUACGUGGGCGGGCCCGGGCCCCUCUUAGCGUGGUGCUUGUCCCCUCCCCCCCCGAUCUCUCCUUUUCUCCCUAUCUUCUUCCCCCCCUCCUUACCCCUUUACACUUGCCCCCCCCAUACUCAUACUGUGAUUAAGAUGAGUUGAGGAACACUAGACAUAGAGGGAUGCACACCUUUUAUUAAGCAUUAAACGCAAUGAGUAUCCUGUUAUCUCUUCAAUAGUCACCAACCAGCCAUCGGUAUGUGGCUUCCAAAAAAGCCCAUCUAUGGACUGCUUUAACUGCUGAUAAACACUAGCAAUUAAAAAUAACGGCCAUGACAACUUAAAAUAGAGAUAAAACACAGGUACAGUUUUAAAAGGAGAGUUAAAGUGGGCUUUAAAGUUGGAGCUUGGCUUUUCCUGAAGGAGUAAUUCUGAUCAUAUACUGGACAGUAUGACUAUAGGGACACUUUGGUGGCCUCUCUGAAUGCCUGUAUCAUGCAUUUCUGGAACAAUGGCAGAAAACCAUAAUCCAGAAUAAAUCUAAAAUAUAACACGACAGUAGGUCAUUCUAUAACUCUGUAAGUCUACGAUAGGGGAAAUCAGUGGCGGAACUAAUGUAGAGAGGGCCCUGGUGUAUGACAUUUUUGUGGCCUAUCCUCUAGUAAAAGAGAGGCUAAAAAGUAGAACCCCAUCAGUCAUACCACUCCCAAGUUUCUAUGUCAGCUGGGGAUCUACCAUUUGCCUAUCCUUGCAGGGUUGUAUUUGUGAGCAGUGUUUGUGCGUUUGAAUGUAAGCAUAUCUUUCUAUAGAGUAUAUGUGUGCAUGUAGGGGUGUAUUGUUGCCAUUGGAAUGCUGUGUGUGGAGUUGUGUGUAGUGUUUGUGUUUGAAUGUGGAUGUACACUAGUGUGUAGUAUUGGUGUUUUGAGUGAAGGGGUGUUUGUAUAUGUUUGGAGUUUGAAUGCAAGAGUGGGUUUGCAUGCUGUGUUUGUGUUUGAUUGCUUGGAUUUUUGUAUAUAUACACAUGCGUUGCACAUUCAUACAUAGAUACAUACAAACUUACACAGAUAUAUUUACACAUUGACACACAGAUGCACACAUAUAAACACAGUGACACAUACACAAAUUCAUAUAAACACUGACAUUUACAAACACCCUGACACACAGACACACAGACAUAUACCUUGGCGCACAUACUCACACUGACACAGAUGCACACACUUUGACACAGAUACACACACUGAUACAGACACUGUGACACCUAGACACACACCAUCUGACACAUAAGUGUCAUAAUUGUUAUAUUUGCAUCCACCAUCCUGUUAACAUACCUUUUGUGUGCAGGAAGGUGACUUGCUUAGGGUCCUGCUGAUGGCUGAGGCAGAUGGGAGUGUGGGUUUGUAACAGCUCUCUCCUUGCUCCUCUCCCCUCUGUUGCCAGUGCUGCGCCCCCUCCUCUCCCUUUAUUUCCUACAGCUCCUACGUUUUCUACCAUUAUUGGUCUUCUCACUUGAUUAAUGAAUAAAAUCAACAUUUAGUGGGUAUCUGUAAACAUCAUUAUACUCAUAAAAAAAAUAAAACAAUAAUAAUAAUAAGUUUCCCCCAUCAGUCAUGCAGUUCGUAAUGAAAUGACUCUCCAAGUCUACUUUAUAGUUUUUUUCAUGUCAUGCAUUAAAUCAAGCAUUCAGAUUUUAAAAUGUAUCCUGCCCAAUGAUGCUGUUGUUAUAAUUUGUCCCCUCACUGCUUUUGCAGAGAUCACAUGGUCCUGAACUGGACCUCUGAUUAUGCAUUGUCCACAUUGGGUAGAGAAGCCUCUAAGACAGGGGUUCCCAACCCAGUCCUCAAGUCCCCCAUACCAGUCCCGGAUUUAGGGACUACCCUGUUGUGUCUAAAGUGUUUUUCCCCUAAAAACACCUUAGACACAAUUGAGUAAUCCUUAAAUCCUGGACUGUUAGGGGGUACUUGAGGACUGGGUUGGGAACCACUGCUCUAAGAGAAUCAAUAAAUGAAGUUUCCUCUAAACUUUGUCUUAAAUUACCCUUUCAGAUCCAGAACAGAACAGCCUGUACUUUACCACGGGGGCCCACUAUUGAGAGCAGAACACUUUGUGAAAUUCCUAUAUGUUAUUGAACCUCCUUAAUUUUCUGGCAUAAACACAUGAACUCCAAAAUUCGUAAGGAGGUGAGCUUGUGUAGGCAAACCACUGACAGCCAAGGACUUUCUCAUACUGUCUCCUCUCACAUUGUGCCUACCUGUAUUUGACUAAUAUGUGGAUAUCCCUAAUUUGCACUGUAGGAGACUUAGACACUAUCUGUAAUUGCAUUUAUGUUCUUCCCAGACCUUUUAAUAGUAGAUAACCUUGAGUGGGUAAAUUCCAUCAAUCAUCUUAAUUGACUGUUCUGACUCAUGGUUGGUGGUCCACAUAGGCAUCACAAUAAUAAAGUCUGAGGGCACAGCACAACUUUGUUGUACAUUGUGACAUUAUCACACUUCAUUAUUUGGACAGGGUAAUUUUAACACAUUUUUCACUCUUAUAGGGAUAUAAUAUGCAAUAAUUUCCUGGAAUAAGAGGGUCAGUACGCUUCGCCAAUAUUUUUGCUGUUGAUACUAAUUGUGUUAAACUAUUUUCAGAUUCUCCAUUUUCUAAUAAAUGUGUAUUAAAGAUUAGCAAAUUCCAAACAAGACAAAGCGAGGGCACACAUUGUAAAUGUAGUGGAGAAAUAGUAGAAACGUUGUUUCAUUUUAUUUUCUCCAUUCUCUGUAGUUUUCUCUAUGCUGAAUGGCAGGUGCAAAGGACAGAAUUGAUAACAUUGCUUGACUGCAGGUUAACGAGUGCGAAUUGAGACAUUUAAUUUUAAUUUUCACUCCUCACAAAUAUAUAUUUUUUGAGAAAUAUUGAGAUAAGUAAACAUAAUAUUAAGAACCAUGGGAAGUAUCAAUCCCACUUAAAAGGUUACUCCAACCAAAAACCAAUGUUUUCAUAAAACACUGGUUUGGGGUUAGAGUAACCAUUUCUGAGGUGGUCCACCCCUUAUCAUAAUAUAAUAUCAUUUUAACAAAAAGUUGAGAUUUACCUCCUUUCUAUUCUCCGUCCUCACUAUGUCCUCAGACUUAUCCUUGAUUGACGUUGAUAGGGAAGUUAAGGAAGAUAGAAUGAGGUAAAGGCAGGUCUGGCAUAGAAGGGGGACGAUGCCACAAUUGCCCCAAAUUGGUUAACGAUGCUGCUGGUGGUGGAGUUACACUUCCAGCAUGUUAGGGUUUAAUUUUUGUAAGUGCAGCAUUUCCAAAUGAAGAAACAUUGCACAUGAAGACACCAUGACCACGUGAUUUUAGUGCUUGGAGUAACUCUUUAAAUUCAAUCUUAUUCUGUAAUGGGGGUUAGUUGGAAGAGCUAAGGGUGAGUGCUGCAGUUUACGUUGCUCUUUUUUUUGUAGAGGGAGGAAAAUUGUGUUUUUUUACAUAAAGGUAGGGUUUGGUGGUAGUUUUGGUUUUAGGAUCAGAUUGAUUUUUUUUAUACAAAAUUUAAAGAAACGAAAUGGCAAAAUGUAUAGGUUCGUACUAUUUCCGUUUAUUGUGGAGGAUGCAAAGGUAAGGCAAGGACAAAACAAAUGGGUAAAACAUGAUAAUUAUACUGAGAUUACAAUCACUUUGUUUUCAAAGAAACUCUUAUCUCCCAUAGACAGAAUCCUGUAUUCACCAGAUACUACAUUACCACACGCUCUAUUUGUUUAUAAUGUCAGAUGUACUUUUAUAAGUUUUUUGACUGUAUUUGUUGUUUGCAGGACUGCAGCUAAUACCUAAUACCUCCCAAUAUUUCAAAUAGACAAAGAGGAACACUUUAAUUUUAAGGGUGUGAGUGGGGGUGUGGCCAGGGGUGGGGCUGUUCUGAGAAAAUGUAGGUAACUUUACUAAUAAUCAUUUAUACAACUAAAAUGUAAUUUAGAACAAGAACAAUGUAUCUUAUUUACAAAGACUGGGUUUUAAACACAUUUAUUGUAGUUUUAAAAGGCACAUUACUGGGAGUAUUGUUGCUGUGAUGCUCUGUUAUACACUCAGACACAUUACUGGGAGUAUUAUUGCUGUGAUGCUCUGUUAUACACUCAGACACAUUACUGGGAGUAUUAUUGCUGUGGAGCUCGGUUAUACACUCAGACACAUUACUGGGAGUAUUAUUGCUGUGGAGCUCUGUUAUACACUCAGUCACAUUACUGGGAGUAUUAUUACUGUGGAGCUCUGUUAUACACUCAGACACAUUACUGGGAGUAUUAUUGCUGUGGAGCUCUGUUAUACACUCAGACACAUUACUGGGAGUAUUAUUGCUGUGGGCUCUGUUAUACACUCAGACACAUUAUUGGGAGUAUUAUUACUGUGGAGCUCUGUUAUACACUCAGACACAUUACUGGGAGUAUUAUUGCUGUGGAGCUCUGUUAUACACUCAGACACAUUACUGGGAGUAUUAUUGCUGUGAGCUCUGUUAUACACUCAGACACAUUACUGGGAGUAUUAUUGCUGUGGAGCUCUGUUAUACACUCAGACACAUUACUGGGAGUAUUAUUGCUGUGGAGCUCUGUUAUACACUCAGACACAUUACUGGGAGUAUUCUUGCUGUGGAGCUCUGUUAUACACUCAGCACAUUACUGGGAGUAUUAUUGCUGUGGAGCUCUGUUAUACACUCAGACACAUUACUGGGAGUAUUAUUGCUGUGGAGCUCUGUUAUAUACUCAGACACAUUACUGGGAGUAUUAUUGCUGUGGAGCUCUGUUAUACACUCAGACACAUUACUGGGAGUGUUAUUGCUGUGGAGCUAUAUUAUACAAUCAGCUCCACAGCAAUAAUACUCCCAGUAAUGUGUCUAAAUUAUACACUCGGACACAUUACUGGGAGUAUUAUUGCUGUGGAGCUCUGUUAUACACUCAGGCACAUUACUGGGAGUAUUAUUGCUGUGGAGCUCUGUUAUACACUCAGACACAUUACUGGGAGUAUUAUUGCUGUGAUGCUCUGUUAUACACUCAGACACAUUACUGGGAGUAUUAUUGCUGUGGGGCUCUGUUAUACACUCGGACACAUUACUGGGAGUAUUAUUGCUGCGGAGCUCUGUUAUACACUCAGACACAUUACUGGGAGUAUUAUUGCUGUGGAGCUCUGUUAUACAAUCAGACACAUUACUGGGAGUAUUAUUGCUGUGGAGCUCUGUUAUACACUCAGACACAUUACUGGGAGUAUUAUUGCUGUGGAGCUCUGUUAUACACUCAGACACAUUACUGGGAGUAUUAUUGCUGUGGAGCUCUGUUAUACACUCAGACACAUUACUGGGAGUAUUAUUGCUGUGGAGCUCUGUUAUACACUCAGACACAUUACUGGGAGUAUUGUUGCUGUGAUGCUCUGUUAUACACUCAGACACAUUACUGGGAGUAUUAUUGCUGUGAUGCUCUGUUAUACACUCAGACAAACCGACAGUAUGGAGCUCCUAGAAAAGAGGGACAGAUGGAUUUGAAAUCAAAAUAGACUGUCCUUCCUAAAUAGUGACACUUGGGAUAUAACAUUCUAAGCACUAUAACUACUGCUGUUAAAUGGAAUAGUGAUAGUGCAAGGCGUAUUUGGUUGCAGUUUGACAAAAAUAACUUUCACUAGGGGAUUUAGUGACAAGGGGUUAAGUGGUGUCCUGGUCACAAGUAUACUACUGGUAAGCAUAUCACCCAACUGUCUUUUGCUCUGUGCCCUCCUUUUAGGUAAAUACAAACAUGGGCUGAUGGGAGGGCAUAGUGGGAUAGAUUUUUCCUGUUUAAUGUUUUUACACUGUUAAUUGGUACAAACAUAAACUCAGUUUAGCAGAUGGGCAAACAGAACACACGCAGUAUUGUGUCUAUGUAAAUAUGUGAUGACAUAAUCUGGUUUACUGAGUGUCCGUCCUGUUAUCAACAAGCAGAAAAACAUAAAAAAUGCCUAUUUCACUCAAAUAGCAAAGUCUGGUUCUUGGACUUUUUGCUUGAAACGUUUCCAGCAAUCAUUACAAAUAAUACCAAACGAAAGAAGUUACAAUAUUUAAGUGAACCUGACAUGACAACUUCAUUUAACCUUUAAUGAGUAAAUGCUAGACUUUUCCACCAUCACAGUACGGUAAGUGUUGGCCCUGCGCAGUCAUUGUAGACCCUACGCAAAAAUUACAUUUUUCACUACUUUCGUUUUGGAUGCUCUGUACAGCCCUAAAGCCAUUAACUGAGUGAAUCAUUCCAUUUUGUAAUGGGAUCUGUAAAGAGCAUAUUGUUAUGUUAUCAGAAACCAUCAUUGGUACUGAAGGGUUAACUCUCCAGCUGGCCUGUUCUCAUCAGUUUAGGCUGCACCCGAGAUUCAUAGGGCCCGUGGACCAUAUGUUUGACAGCCCUAGUGUAGGUGACUAGGUGGGUAGAGGUAUGUGAACUGGGAGGUAAACAAUGGGUAAAAUGUGACAGGGUGGGCAAGUGUGACCAGGUUGAUAAAUAUAUGUAAUUCAGUGAAUAGGGUGAAUGAGACUAGGUGAGUGUUUGGGACUGUCCUGCGAAAACAGGACGGUUGUAAGGACUGUUUGUGUGGGAAUGUGACAGGGUGUAUGUGAAAGAGAGUAGAACAGGUGAAUGAAAAUAAAUAGGGGUGUUGUGAGGGGCUGUGAGAGAGAAAGAGUGUGUUGACGUCACGGCCAUGCAAUCUGUUAACAAGCUAGUUGGGUGGGCAACUGUAAAGAGAAUCCUCACACUAACUAAAUCUGCCUUCGCCCUCAGUACCUACCUUAGUUCACCCAUGCCAUGGCCUGUUAGGGGAUGAUUGUUGGGAUCCAGAAUUGCUGUAAUGCUUGUUUGUUUUUAUAUGAUACAAUGUUGUCUCUAUUAAAUUGCUUCUUAUUUAAGCUUCUCUGUGUUAUAGCUCUCUUCUGCCUUUCUCACCCAUAUCUGGCCUCACAAUAGUUCAAUUUUCUGCAGAACAGUCCAGAUUUUGGGGUUGUGUUCCGCCGUCCUGAUAUUCACUGAACACCAAGGAAGUGCCAUUGGGCAGCACGGCAUUAGCACAGUAUUAGGUAAACAGGCACUAGAACCAUGUACAUAAUUCUUAAUGGAACACUAUAGGCUCACUCACCACUUAAUCUCCUGGAAGUGGUCUGGGUGCUUUACCCUUGUUCCGUUAACCCUGCAGCUUUAAACAUUACAGUUUUAGAGAAACUGCAGUGUUUGUCUUGCAGGGUUAAGACUGCCUCUAGUGGCUGUCUCUCAGAGACGAUUCCUACAGUUUUACAGAGUUUAGCUCCGUGAAACGACACGUGAAACGUACGGCGUCCUGAAAAUCCCCAUUGGAAAGCAUUGAAAACUUUGUAUUCCUAACGUUAUAGGGUUCCUUUAAGCAGCACUCUGCAUGGGCCUGCAUGUAGAUGGCCUGCCAGAUAGUCUGUCAGUCAGUAGCACUGGCGAUGACCCCUUCCCCCAUAAUGUCCUGCUCCCAUAUCCCAAUCUCAUAUUUAUAUACUUUCUUCUAUCCACAUUUAUCACCACCACUAUUUUUUUGUGAACUUUGUUGGACACAACGAGCAGAGAUUAUCCUGUUAUACCUCAAAAAUGUCUUGACUUUCACGGUUUCUUGCUCUGUCCUACAGGUCUGUAUACUAUGACUUCUUGACUAAUAAAAACUGGAAAAUAAUAAGGAUACUCAUCAUUUAAUUAAUAAACUAAACAUUUCACUAACUCAUGCGUUCAUAAAAAAAAAAAAAUAUUCCAUUGAUUUAGGAAAAAGGGUUUGUUUGUUCCUCCCAGAUAGACUCCUGAUUCCCUUGCGUCCUCUCUUCAAUUCACAGUAUUUAAACUCCAUUGCAGCUCAUGAUCGAAUCUGGCGGUCUUAGAGGACCUACCUUGUUACCUUGCUCGGUCGCCAUGUGUUCGUGCCGGGCUGGUGCACCGCCUCCAUUUUGUUUUCCUAUGCCCCCUAUGAUCCCCCCCUUUUUUUCUUUACAUUUUCCCCUUCCCCAUUCUUCUCUUUUCUGCACUGCUUCUUUUUUGCUUUUUCUUCCUAUUUUUUUUGUCUGUUUCUCUGUGUUUUGUUGCUGUUUUGUCAUCUCGUUUCUUUAAAUAUUAAACUUUGAGGAAAAUGCAUAUACAUUUUAACCUGUGAUAGUAUUUCUUUCCUGUUUGCAUAGUUUUAAUCUGAUUAUUGUUACGUCUCCUCGUAUGGAACCUUACUGACAUCUCCAGACUGGCAGGAUGUGACAAGGAAAUUUCAUAAUUUAAUAAAAAACUAAUUGGAAAAAUAGCCAAGUUGAAGAAUUUUCAAUUUCUGUUACUUUUGGCUAAAUAUUUGCAUUUUCAAUGUUUAAUGUAGUUGUUCUGGUGAGUAUAAUAGCUCCCUUCAGGCAUUUUCAUGUAAACAUUUCCCUGUGGGAAAGCAUUGGGUUGGCUAAAAAUCAGCCAUUUUGAUGAUUUCACAAAGGGGCAGAGCCAGCGCUGGCAAACCCGCCCGGCGCUGAAAUAAGUUUUAAACCUUUAUAGGGGGCCAAAGGGGGGUCAAGCCACCUAAAUGAUGAGUUUAGCACUAUAGGGUCAGGAAUACAUGUUUGUGUUCCUGACCCUAUAGUGAUCCUUUAAGACUGAGUCAUAAACCGUGAAAUCUGUGCUAUUAAUUGAGAUUGCCAUAUAGAGUCCUCAUCUCAACCACUAGGGGUCAUCCUAGUGAGUGCUCAGUGAUACUAGCUGUCACGAAUAUGGUGCCACAAUAUAAUAUUAGACAGCUCUUUCUGCCUUCGACUUAAACUUGUCUUCACUAGCAGGGUACACUUUGCCAUUAGGGAACAUUGAGUGGCUGGAAAAUAUGUAGGUACAAAAUAGUUUUUCUCAGUCUAAUAUUACAAUGGAGAAGCCUGUUCAAUUUUCCUUACUUCGGAUGUGUUUCUCCCUUUUCCUUAAUUUCCUUUUUUUAACAGUAUAUUAUUUUUUGCAAAUUUUUUAUAUUUUUAUUCAGAAACUAUGGGUUCUGGGUAGAAGGGUGACCACUACUGGUAGAUGGUUAUUAUUACCCAGUUCUUGUACCUCUGCCCACACAAGUUUGAAUGUCUUCACCAAGGGCUAAUUUCACUGAGCACUCACAGGAUGACCCCUAGUGGUUGAGAUGAGAAUUAUGUUUAGUUCAUUAGGAUGACCCCUAGUGGUUGAGAUGAGAACUAUGUUUAGUUCAUUAGGAUGACCCCUAGUGGUCGAGAUGAGAACUAUGUUUAGUUCAUUAGGAUGACCCCUAGUGGUUGAGAUGAGAACUAUGUUAAGUUCAUUAGGAUGACCCCUAGUGGUCGAGAUGAGAACUAUGUUUACUAUUGUUCUUCCCCUUUUUUCAAGAGAUUACUGUGAAAUAGCCGCAUCAGACGAGAGUGAUGCAUUUAAAUAUUUAUUACUGCCUCGAAACAGGUUGGGUUUUACUAAUUAGAGAAACUAUAGAAUUGUUCUUUUAAACACUAUGAGUCAAUAUUUACUUUUGGAAUUUGACUUAUCAUGAAUUUCAAGUCAUUACUUUUUUGGAAACUACACUAAUAAAGGUUAUGUUUUAGAUUUUAUCCGAUCAUUUAUCGUGCAUUUCGGUUUGAAAAGAAGGCUAGAACUAGUCGGUCUGGUGGUGGAGCAACCAUGAUAUUUCAGGAAUGUAUGUGAAAACUACGCGUGUUUCAAAGAGGCAUCAAAAAAAAAAUUACAAAAGAGGGAUACGUGAAUGUGACGAGACCAAUCUCGCCACUGUGCAUUGGAGGAGCCUGGUUGCCCGCCUGCUGCCUUUAGACUAUGGCCCCAUGUUGAAACACUUGAUUUUCCCCUGGUGCUUGCCCUGUUUGAGUGGUGAUACCCCAGAUAGCUAUGCCAUGGAGCCCAUUCGUAUAAUGAAAGACUAUGGGAAAGACUUUGGCUCCAUGGCAAUUGAACUGUAGGUGUGUGCUCUGAGCGCCAUUCAGUAAUAAUGUGCGCUCAGAUCUGAGCUAUCUGGGGAUAUGUUGAAUGUACCUGUUUUAUGCAAUGGCUGCACAGUUAUAUAUUUUUAUGUAUUUUACUGUCUUUUGCUGCCAUGUGUUCAAUGGAGUUUUGCCUCUGUCCUUGGAGAUAAUUGUAUUACUUCCCAAUUAUCUCCAGGAUAGAAGACUCAGUGGAACUGGUUUUGGGCAGAAAAGCCAUGCUUCAUUUGGUCACAAAGGACUACGAUCUAUCUUUUUGAACCACUGGACCAAUUUGUGUGAUUUUGACAUAUGUUUGUAUUUGGAGUAUGCUGAUUCUGAAAAUUUAAGUUUUAUGCGAAUGUGAUACAUACUUUUAAAAUUAUGAAUAAAGUGGAAAAACUGUAUUUCUCUGCUUGUUAUAAUUACAUUACCCAUUGUGUAAGUAAUUGUAUCACAGGCAGAGGGGAGGAUUUUGUGUGGGAGUGUCUGUGUGUAUUGAAUGUGUUUAUUGGUUGUGUUCUAAAACCCUGUGGGUGGUACUAAUGUGUAAGAAUGUGUACAUAAGAACAAUAAACCCACAGCUCUGUCUGUUCACUGCUUAACCCUCAAAACGGAGCCUUGUCUUGUUCUUGGGGGUAUUUAUUGUAUGCUGUUCCAGUUUGACUGCUAGGAGUGUAAACCUAUUCAUAUGGUUUUUCCUAUUUGGCUGUUUACAGCAUUCAUAUGGUUCCGGUUCAGCUGUUUACGGCAUUCACAUGCUUCUCCGGUUCGGUGGAUUGGUGUCUACAGUAGCUGCCUGUAAAUCUGGAAGGGAAUAUCUCCUAAACGGCUUUUAACCCCUUUUAUGCCGGGGUGCCAUUACAGUCAAUGUUCAAGCAAGGUUGGGUGGUUGAAAACUGAUGUUCACUUACUUUGAAUUAUCACUUCAGUAAACAAAGCCUGAUGGAAAUAAAAUGAUAUAUUCUCCACUAAACAGGAAUCCAAGUAAGUGCAUUAGAUGGAGGUCUUGGAAAACCAUCACAUGAUAAUAUAAACAAGAUAUGAAGGAACAAUAAAUCAGAUUUCAGGCAUGUGCAGUGAUAGUUAUUUAAACUCUUAGUGACAGGCAGGGCAGUGCUCUUUGUCAGAAAUGUCCCCUCCCCUUGUCACCUCUGGCCUUCCCUGGCUUUAUACAGCAAUUAUAGAUCUGAGUAAACUCCCUUGCUUAAAGGGACACUCCAGGCACCCAGACCACUUCUGCCCAUUGGAGUGGUCUGGGUGCCAACUCCCAUCACCCUUAACCCUGCAACGGUAAAUAUUGCAGUUUUUAUUAAUUACUUUGCAGGGUUAAUUCCUCCUCUAGUGGCUGUCUAUCAGACAGCCACUAGAGGGACUUCCGUGUUCUUAAAACACGAAAAAGUAUUUUAAACUACGCUGGACGUCCUCACGCUAUGUAUGAGGGCCUCCAGCGCCGCCAGAUUCCCCAUAAGAAAGCACUGAAUAAUGCUUUCCUAUGGGUAGGUCUAAUGCGCGCGUGUAGCCAUUGCAGCACAUGCGCAUUAGGUCUCCCCCGCCGGCUGACAUCCAGGGACAUCAGCGCUGGAUUCAGGUAAGUCACGGAAGUGGUUUUAACCCCUUCAGCAGCAUGGGAUGGGGGGUUGAAAGGGAGGGGGGCACUGCAGGAUCCUGCAGUGCCAGCAAAACAGGUUUGUUUUCAUGGCACCGGAGAGUCCCUUUAAUCAGACCCCAGGCAGCCACUGGGGCUAUUGGGGGAGAGAAAAGAUAAUAUUAUACACUUAGAUUUAAUAGGGGCCCAGAUCUGCUGCUGUGCUCUCCCUGUGUUACUACAGAAUGGCUUCUUGCUUCUCUUUGCUGUGGGCACUGUAACCCCACCCCCUGGUGCUGUUAGCCAAUGAUGGUCCCUAAAUAGAGAGGCCAGUAGCAUGCCUCCACUCAUGGGCAGCUGGCUUGGCUGCCCGAAUGGCAACUUAAUGGAAAUUCCUGAAAUUCGUUCUUAAUGGACACUAGGCAUGUGCAAAGCUGCUGAAACAGGGCAGAUUUUAAACCAUUUUCAACAUGCAUAGAUGUUUUUAAAGGGACACUGUAGGCAUCCAGACCACUUCAGCUCAUUGAAGUGGUCUGGGUGCAGUGUCCCUAUUGCCAGUACGCAUUAGAGCCCGCUUGUCUAGGAAUAGAGAAGGAGGAGGAGCUUUGACCUAGCACCAAGGGACAUCGGAGCUGGGAUAAGAUAAGUAAAUAAAGGGUUUUCAACCCUUUAUUCACUGGGGAGAGGGGGGCACUGAAGGGCGGGGGGGGGGAAGAGAGGCAGGGGGAGCGAUAGUGCCAUGGUAUUUGUAUUGCUGGCACUAUAGUAUCCCUUUAAGAAAGAAUCUCUAGAUUGACACCAGUGAGGGGAAAGGAAUCCUGCAGAACUGAAACCUAUAACAAAAAAAGGGACACACAUUUUUUCCCUACACCUUUCCCUCCAGAAAUAUAAUCUUGUGUUUCUAAACUACUGAAAAUAAACUUUUUCCCCACAUACAAACUGGUGGGACAUUGCCCGAGGUGUCCUUCUGGACGAGCCCCAACUGAUGUAGACAAUAAAGUGCGCUGUAGACCCUGCAUCCUAAAAUAAUAUUAAUUUGUGCUUAAAGAAUGUUAAUGUAUACAUCUUUACAUGUACCCAGGCUAUAGCUGUAUCCCAAAAGAUUACUGACAUUUUGUUUAUAAUGGAAGCUUAAAGGAACACUAUAGGUCAGGAAUACAUACUCAAUAUGUAUUCCUGACACUAUAGUUGUAAAUGCACUGUUUAGGUGACCAGAUCCGCUUGCACCUGUUAAAAAGAUAAUUUUACUCAAUUUAUUUCCCGUGCUGCGCUGGUCCUGUCACAGCUGACUCUGCCCCGCUGUGCCUCCAUGGCUGUGAUCAUCAAAUUUAACGAUUACAGCCAAUCUAAUGCUUUCCUAUAGAAAAGCAUUGGGAGGCUAUUGUGCAUGCAUGGCAACAUACAGCAUUGCGGCAAUUAGCAAAUACUCUUAGAGAUACAUUGAAUCAAUGCAACUCUAUGGGGAAGUUCAGUGCCUUCAUGCAGAGCGCAGAUAUGCGGAACACCAGUGCUGCACAGUGUGCACACCAGUGCAGCACUGACCCAGGAAGCACCUCUAGUGGCUGUCUGAGUGACUGCCCCUAGAGGUGUUACUAAGUAAACAUUGUCUUUUCUCUGAAAGGCACUGAUUACAUUAAAAAGCCUGCAGAGACAGACAGUAGAUCCCAGAACAACUACAUUAAGCUGUAGCUACAAUUAUUGGCAGACAGCCUGGUGUGUUCUGGUGACUGUAUUGUCCCUUUAAGUAUAAAUCUAUGCUAUCCAGGCAGCUCCAGAGUGCUGCAGAGAUGCUUCAGUUGUUGUCAAACUGCAGAAAACUGAUAGUAUGCCUCCCAACUGUCCCAAUUUCAGUGUAAUGGUCCCAAUUUUCUGGUCCAGUCUUGCCAUCUGCCUUAGUUCCCUGGUGUCCUGAUUUUGGGGACAUCAGGGGGCUUCCCCCAACAAUCAUAGUACAUGUGCAUCAGUAGAAGCUGUAAUAUGGAUGGUUAUGCCCCCUCUCCGGUGGUUCUGCACUCUUUUGGGCAGAGCCAGUUGUGCAAUUGUGUUGCUGGGCCUCCCCUUUACUCCCCACCCACCGACGUCCAAAUUCAGGGACUGCUCACAUUGGGAGGUAUGCAGUGGAGGCUCAUUACUAGACACCUACUGCUACUAAUUUGUACAGUAGCCCUUUACAUAUGAGCUAAUUUUCCAGUUAGAGAAUAGGUUGUCUAGUUAAUGUGGAAAUUGUACAGCCCACGGCUGGUUUCUAGUAAUUGAUCCUUUUUGAUCAUAACCCAUGCUUUAGUUUAAAAAAAAAAAAGCUGUGUUUGAAACUGUGUCCAUUGCUAAGGGCACCUGCAGAAACGCAGGGUGAAGUCUGGAACACAAUACCUAUAUGUGCUAAUUUUCAUGUCAACCUGGGAACUCUGGGAUAGUUGUGGAAACAUGAUUUCUCAAGUUUCCUUGCCCAAGGGGGGCCUCUCAAAGUCCAGCUUGAGAUAGGCAGGUGAUGCACACAGUCAUUUUUGUAUUUGUGUGGGAUGUCUUAUUGAGUUUGGUGAGACAUAAAUUAAAGGUACCAAUAUCAUCCCACGGAGUAGCCCCAAAAGCACAAAAAGUACAAAAGUCACACAAUUUAGCACUCCACGAAAAAGAAACAAUAAACCCAGUUAUCGCAGAGGUCCUCCUCUUAAUGGAACACAAUAGUGUAAGGAACACAAACCUGUAUUCCUGACUCUAUAGUGGUAAAAUACCAUUUAUAUCCCCGGCCUGCUCCCCUUGCAGUAAACGGGUGAGUGUGCACAAAUUUUUCUAUCGCCUCACCAGUUUUGCUGCGGAUGGUCCAACCUCCGUGGCUGAGAUCAUCAUACUUGAUAAUCUCAGCCAAUCCACUUGGGAGGCUAUUGAGCAUGCGCAGCAAAACUGUUCUGCUCUGCGCCAAUCAGCAUCUCCUCAUAGAGACGACUUGAAUCAAUGCAUCUACAUGAGUAUAGUUCAGCGUCUACAUGCAGUGCUCAUUGUGCAGCACAGACACAGGAAGCACCUCUAGGAGGCGUCUGAGUUACUGCUACUAGAAGUGUUCCUAGGCAGCAAUGUAAACACACCCUUUUCGCUGAAGAGCCUGCAGGGACAUGCUAUAGCCACCAUAAUCAAUUAAAAUAGUUGUUCUGGUGACAAUGGUGUCCCUUUAAUUUGAAAUUCAUAAUAUCAAUAACAAUGGUAGGUGGGCAACGAAAAAUAGACAAGGUGCUAACUAAACAUAGGGAGGGGGCCGAUACCACACACCAAGCGAGCUGGUUGCAUUUUUGAGUCUACAGGAGACAAUUUCUUAACAGCUUUGUAUGUAGACAAUGCUAUAGGUUGCUAUACAUUGCUGUAUGUUGCUGUGGUUCAUUGUAUGUACUGCUAAAGUGAUUCAUAGUAACAUUGUCAGGUGUGGUAUUUGUCUUUCGAGGAAAUAUGUGAUAACAAAGUAAUGAAUAAUGAUUCAGCACAGAGCUGCAGACGCCCUUUACAGUGUGUUUAUUCAGUUAUUAAAAUGCUGUGAUUCAAAUGGGCUUAUUCCCAUAGUGUCAUGAAUACAAAGUGUACUUUUAAAAAUGCUGUUUAAGCGACCAGCUUUCAUUCAAAAAAUAGUUUUUACUCACCUUAUCUCCAGUGUCAAGCCAGUCUUGUUGCCCCUGCCCCCUGCUCCACACUGCUUCUUUGGGCGAGAUCAUCAAAUUUGAUGAUAUCAACUAGUCCAGUGAUGGCGAACCUUUUUGAGCCCGAGUGCCCAAACCGCAAUACAUGCCAACAUUUUUUCUCCUUAAAGUGCCAACACGGCAAUUAAACCCAAAUACUGAGGUUUAAGUUUAGAAAAAAACAACUCGUACUGUUGUCCGAACUAAUAACUUUUGUUUUAAAAGAACACAGAUAGUUCAAUUAUACAAAUUUUAAAUAAUGAUAUAAAUAGAUAAAAUUAAGCUUAUAUUUAUUAGUAUCUCCAACAAAUGCAAUACAUACACACACAGACUGCUGAAUACAUACACACAGUCUGCUGAAUACACACACACAAGACUGCUGAAUACAGAGACUGAUGAAUACACAUACAGACAGACUGCUGAGUACACACACACAGACUGCUGAGUACACACACAGACUGCUGAGUACACACACAGACUGCUGAGUACACACACAGACUGCUGAGUACACACACAGACUGCUGAGUACACACACAGACUGCUGAAUACACACACAGACUGCUGAAUACACGCAAACACAGACAGCUGAAUACACGCAAACACAGACAGCUGAAUACACGCAAACACAGACAGCUGAAUACACGCAAACACAGACAGACUGCUGAAUACACGCACACAGACUGCUGAAUACACACAUACUGCAUUGAGGUGGGGGGUGCGUGUGUGUGUGAGUGUUGUAUGUGAGGGGUGCUGUGUGUGUGUGUGUGUGGGGUGCUGUGUGUGUGUGCUAUAUGUGUAAGGGUGCUGCGGAGGGGUAGGGGUACUGUGUGUGAGGGGUAGGGGUACUGUGUGAGGGGAGUAGGGGUACUGCUGGGAGGGUUGGGGUACUGUGUGUGGGGGUAGGGGUACUGCUGGGAGGGUUGGGAGUACUGUGUGGGGGGGGGUAGGGGUACUGCUGGGGGUACUGUUUGUGGGGGGUAGGGGGUACUGCUGUGGGGGGUAGGGUACACUGCUGGGGGUAGGGGUACUGUGUGGGGGGUAGGUGUACUGCUGGGGGUUAAAGGGGUACUGCUGGGGGUUAAGGAGGUACUGCUGGGGGUAGGGAGUACUGCUGGGGGUAGGGGUACUGCCGGGGAGGGUGAGGGGUACUGCUGGGAGGGAGUAGGGGGUGCUGCUGGGGAGGGUGGGGGUUACUGCUGGGGAGGGAGGGGGUUACUGCUAGGGGGUGGGGGUUACUGCUAGGGGGGGUAGGGGGUGCACUGCUGGGGUUAGGGUUACACUGCUAGGGGUUAGGGGUACUGCUGGGAGGUGGGGGUUACUGCUGGGGGUAGGGGUUACUGCUGGGGGUAGGGGUACUGCUGGGGGAGGGUGGUGAGGGGUUACUGCUGGGGAGGUAGGGGUUACUGCUGGGGGUAGGGGGUUACUGCUGGGGGAGGUGGGGUUGCCUGCUGGGGAGAGUAGGGGUUACUGCUGGGGGUGGGUUACUGCUGGGGAGGGUGGGGGUUACUGCUGGGAGGUAGGGGUUACUGCUGGGGGGUAGGGGUUACUGCUGGGGGUGGGGGUACUGCUGGGGAGGGUAGGGGUUGCUGCUGGGGGGUGGGGUUACUGCUGGGGGUGGGGGUACUGCUGGGGGUGGGGGUUACUGCUGCUGGGGAGUGGGGGUUACUGCUGAGUGGGGUUACUGCUGGGGGUAGGGGUUACUGCUGGGGGUGGGGGGUUACUGCUGGGGGGGGGUAGGGGUGCUGCUGGGGAGUGUAGGGGUUACUGCUGGGGGGGGGUAGGGGUGCUGCUGGGGAGGGUAGGGGUGCUGGGUGGUAGGGCUACUUCUAGGGGGGUAAGGGUGCUGUGUCAGUAUACCCCCCCUCCCUCCCUCCUUCCUUCUUACCUUUAAUGAGGGGGAAGGGGGGGGGGACACAGCGAUCCCUGGUGGUCCGGUGGUGGUAAGCACUGCAGGGGGAGGGCUCCAGGAAGCAGCUCCCCUGUCCUCUCGCGCAAUGCUGUGUGGAGCGUUGCCAUGGUAACGUGCGGCAACGCUCCACACAGCAUCGCGCGGGAGGACAGGGGAGCUGCUUCCUGGAGCCCUCCCCCUGCCUCCCGACACGGAAGCAGAGUAGGCGCCUGCCGUUUCGGGCAGGCAGGCGCCUACUCUGCAUUGAUGGCGAACCUGUGGCCGCGUGCCGACAGAAAGGGCCUGGCGUGCCACCGGUGGCACGCGUGCCAUAGGUUCGCCAUCACUGAACUAGUCCAAUGCCUUCUCAUAGGAUAUAUUUGGGAGGCUAUUGCGCAUGGCGACAAAACAUUGCUCUGCACUAAUCAUAAUCGCCUAUGCAUCACUAUGGGAAGCGUUCAGCAUCUCCAUGCAUAACAUGGAGACGCUAAACGUCAGUGCUGCUGCACACUUUGCAGCACUGACCCAGGAAGCACCUUUAGUGGCCAUCUGAGUGACUGCCACUAGAGGUGUUACUAGGCAGCAAUGUAAACAGAGAAAAGGCAGUGUUUACAUUAAAUAGUCUGCAGGGAUAGGUGGUAGACAUCAGAACAACUACAUAAAACUAUAGUGUCCCUUUAAAUAGUGAGUGGAUGUGAGUUUAUAAUAACUUAGUUGAAGUUUUUUUUAAAUGUAUUUUUGGAUGUGUGUUCCAUUUUUACAUGUUACUGUGUUCUAAUACAUUUAGAUUGAUAUGAUGUCACUCCACAACUGAAACAAAGGCAUUCCAUGCAAAUCAACUUACAUUUCCCAUGAUCCCUUCUUAUUCUAAGGAAAAUUUCCCAACAUAAUUGUGAAAUGAGUUUCUAUUGAAGUAAAUGUCAAAUUAUCUCCCCAAGCAGAAAAAAAAAGAAAGGUAAUAAUGUAUUUGUAUAAAAAGGUAAAACAUAUCAUCAUUAAUAUUUUAAGAUGGUGGUGUAUAUUAUCUGAUCAAUCAAAUUCAUUGUAUACCGUAACUGUGGCAUUGCCACUUUAACCCCUUAAGGACACAUGACAUGUGUGACAUGUCACGAUUCCCUCUUAUCCCAGAAGUUUGGUCCUUAAGGGGUUAAGGUGGAGGUGACAUUUUCACCAUAUCUUACCAUAAAGCAUACACUUUGCACUAUUUUUAAAUACAUUUUCAGUAAUUUCUCCACAAUCCCCAGGCUAUUAAGAACAAUUGAGGAUUAUGGGAGAAUAGAUGCAUGCAUUUGUCAUUGUAAUAAUUCAUUUCUGAAUCAGGUAUUUAUUUACUUGCCAAACAAGUUUCCAGAGGAAAAGUGUGUGAGUCAAACGGUUAACUGUUCUUCAUUAUUGUUUUAGUUUUCAGUUAUUCCUUGGGAGCCACACUUAUUUUCAUAGGUUUGGUAUCAUAACCUCUCUCCAGGAAUUUCUGUCUCACAAUCAAGUCUUGACAGUGACAGCAUUGGAAUGGCUAGUCUCACGAAAUAACCUCUCCUGCCCUUCAUUCUUAUAAGUUAAAGGGAUCUAGGGUCCGAGUGUGCAAUGCAGCUGUUUGCUGGUCUGGCUGGUGUGUAGGGCUAGGGAAGAGGCUCGCUGGCUAACGUACUGGCUCAUAGGGCGGCUGAGUUAUUGGCUAGCAUUAUGGUCAGAUUUCAAGAUUCACAGGUUGGGUGGGUUAGGAUAUCCAGUGAAAACGGUUUAACAAUUCUCCUAUCAGCUCCCGUGAGAAUAUUCCUAUGGCACUACAAGAGAGAUAUGCUUAUCAAUGAGUAAGUCUUUAACGUAUCGUGACCCAGUGCAACUUACAUCAUGGCGUGUAGAGGCUUCGUCCUGUGUGCCCUCGUGCUGAAUAUCUGCAUCUUCUGCAUAGAUUAGAAAGUGUUGGGAGCGUAUAUAACCCAUAAACCCUUGCUCAGUGAUGCUUUAUGGGAUAUGUAGUUCAGCUCGAAAGUAUUUUAAAUCAUGAAAAGACAAAUAAAAAUACUGAGCAAGGUAAAAUAGAAGCCGUGACAGCUUUUCUAUUAGUUUGCAGAAUACAGUAAUUAUUCUUUUUUAUUUAAGCGCAUUAAGCUAUUUAUUCAGUACAAUGUGCCUCUUUAUAGCAUACAUAAUUGCCAGUUUAAUUAUUCUUCCUCACCUCCACCCAGAUUAAUAUUACUGGUGUUUGCAGAUGGAGGCUGUGCAGAGUUAUUCUCGGUGGAGAAGCUUGCUGUCUCUGGGCCAUACAGAAACAGAGACAGCUUCCGCCUCUCCCUCACACUCUGACACCAUGUUGCGACAUUGAUUCCUGUAGGGCCAAACUCCACCCCCCACAAAAUCCAUCUGAUGUAUGUAUGUGACUUGCUAGUUAUGUGUGUUAUUGUGUGUCUACAUGGGCUAGUAAAAAUCUAUUUAAAUGUCUGAGAUUGUGUAAUUGGUUUCACUUUACGUGAAAUUGGUUUACUUAUAUGUUGCUGAUGAGGAAUGAUGAUGAGUGUUAAUUAGGUAUGUGUUAAAGGACCACUCUAGGCACCCGGACCACUUCAACUUAAUAAGGUGGUCUGGGUGCCUGGUCCAGCUAGGGUUAACCCAUUUUUUUUUUUAUAAACAUAGUUUCAGAGAAACUGCUAUGUUUAUAAAUAGGUUAACCCAGCCUCUGAAGCCUCUAGUGGCUGUCUCAUUGACAGCCGCUAGAGAAGUAAACCAAAAUCACAGUGAGAAGACGCCAGCGUCCAUAGGAAAGCAUUAUGAAUGCUUUCCUAUGAGACUGGCUGAAUGCGCGCUCAGCUCCUACCGCGCAUGCGCAUUCAGCCGAAGAGGAGGCGGAGAGGAGGAGGAGAGCUCCCAGCCCGGCGCUGGAGAAAGGUAAGAUUUUAACCCCUUCCUCUCCCCAGAGCCCGGCGGGAGGGGGACCCUGAGGGUGGGGGCACCAUAGUGCCAGGAAAAUGAGUAUGUUUUCCUGGCACUAUAGUGGUCCUUUAAAGAGAGAAUGCAUAACUGCACCACUAAUUACAUUUUUGCCUUAUUCCUAGGUUUCAGGAAUGGAGUCGAAAUGCUAGAAAAAUUGGGUAAUCCCCGCUUGUACUCUAGAUCCCUGUUAUACUCUAGAAAUGUAAUAAAAAUGUAAUAGCAUUUUCCAGGUUGUGAGUGUCUCGUUUUUAGUUUUACCAUGUACAAAAUAACUGCUUUGCUUGUGAUCAAUCACAGCGAUUUCAAAAUGUCAACAACCUUUCGUAAGGUGCUGUGGGUUUAUUAACAGGUUGGCAUUUGAAUCAUUGUACUAAUGCGUCUUAUGUAUUUUCUAAGCUCCCUAGCUAGGGGAUAUGAGGGUUGUGUGAUUUAAGAACAUUCUAGAUUGCUCUGCCCAAAAGCAAUCAUAUUCAAAAUAGUUACUAAUAAAUACACAUUUCAAUAACUGUGAGAUAAGUCUCAGAACCUAAAAUAACCCGUACCUACCUCCUUCUAAAAAUACAUAAAUAAUUGUGAGUAUCAGAGCUCUUGGAAAUAAUUCUUUAUUUUUGUACUAAAUGACAGGUUUGUGUAAUUCAUUGCUUGUGUAACGCCCACACAAUACCUGCCUGGUUACAGCCACUAAAACAAGAUAAGGAAGUAGGUGUGUAUGCCUUUAAAAGCCCAGAGUUGUUGAGCUGGUUUCAUUGUUUUGUAACGUCACGAAGGACUUCUGAGAGUGAAUGAGACCGAGAGCCACUGUGCCAGUUACAGGGGUAAGAGGACAGGACAAAGAUAUAAUAUUAUAUGAAAAAAAUGGAAUGUAAUAAUGACUUCCUAAAAUAGAACUUUAUGAACUCUAACUGCCAGGGAAGAAUGCUACCUAAAAUCGUAUCGCUACCAAUGGCAACAUUUAUGAUAGAUUUUUGUAGAAAUGGGUGGAUAUACUGCAAAAUCAAAACCAAAUCUGAUUUCUGAAUAUUUCCAGACAGCUUCAAAAUUCGACAGAUUUUUUUCCAAUUGCUACUCUAGGAAAGCAUUUAUAUACGGAGUAUGGGGGCUGUUAGUCUGCUUAUAGGGCUGUACAUGGGAUAAAUAUAUGUUGUAAUUCAUGGCUUCUUAUAAACAUGUCACAUUAUCAGGUUUAUUCACUGAAGUGAGGAUUGUCGGGAAUUCAAAGUGAAUUUCAAAUUUAAGGUUUACGAAGCCUUAACUGAUUUGGAGAAUUUUUCCACUUUGGAUAUUUUCGCCUUUAAUUUGAAAUUUAUGUUGAAUUCUUGAAAAAUUCUAAUUUUAGUGAAAACACUGUAUGUCUAUAAAUAUACGCUGUACUAUAUGUUUUAUUUUUGAAACGUUUUUUGUGUGAAUGUCAGUAAUUGCCUUACAAUAAAUCGAGAUUAAUAUUAUGAUUAGGCAGAAUGCAAGAUCGGGCCCACCUCCUAGAGCCCUCGGUGUGCGUGUGCCUGAGUUUGUGUGUGUGCGUGUGUGUGUUGCAGCUGCAUGGUGUGUGUGCAUAUGUGUGUGUUGUGGCUGCAUAGUAUGUGUGUGUGUUGCGGCUGCAUUGUGUGUGUGUGUGUGCGCGUAGGGGGCUGUGAACUGUGUGAAGGAGAGGUUGAGCUUUCCUCUAUACGCUAGUUGAGAGAGGGGGUUAUCUCCCAGAUUUCAAAAUGUUGGACAGGUCCCCAGGAAUUAUAUUUGCAUGGAUAGUACCUCAAAACGCAGGAAUAACACAGCAAGUUUGUGACUGUUGGCACCUAUGUAUCCCUGGUGGUCCAGCAGAGCUGUGGAGACCAUUCCCUGGUGGUCCAGUGGGGAAGUAUUGUGGUCUUCCCCAAUAUUGGGUGCAGAUCACUUAAAAAACUUCCUUGCUGUUCCAGCACUCAGUCAAAGACUCGAUACCCUGGUUGUGGUGCUCUGAGUUAUUGAGUAGUGCCGGGGGACUGCGAGGGAGUUUUGGGCCGACCACCAAACUUCCUCAAUUGCAGUGAGAGGGCGCAUGGCUGAGCACAGAGAUGUAUCACAUACAGAGCCAUAAUGCCAGGCUCAAACAUGGGACCAUCCGAGCCAGGGCGUCAGGUGGUUCGCCUAAUGGCUAAUUAUAGUGAGCUGGAAUCCUAGUGGCAAAAUUAGGCCUAAAUAGAGAGCUGGUCAUGAAAAUUCUAACUCUGCUAAAGUUACAGCUUGGUAUUUAAAUCUAGUUUUUGACACGCAUUUUAAUUUUCUACAGUGUACUCAAAUUUAGUGAAUAUACACUGUAGGUCACAUCCCGCAACAUUAGCCUUACACGAAUCAAUCAAUGUAAAUGUUUCUUCAUACCCUUUGAUUUGGGUGUAAAUAUUUAUUUGGUUUUUUUAUGCGCUGGAUCUCCAGGAACCCUAAUCUGUUUGAAUGGAGUGGAGGGAGCUUGGCACCCCGCUGGCACUAUGCCUGGUAGGAAAGACGAGAGGCACACUCCAUAGCCUGCACCCUACAGCUCACAAGGUGUUAUGAUAGAGUUCCCCAACGCCAGUACUUAAGACUAUGAUAAGAUCCCUGUUUUGGGGCCCAAUAAAUAGCUCUUUCUUCCUUUAUUCCUUUGACACUGUUGGGUAAAACAUAUUUUUUCACCUUUCGCAAAUUAGCCAGCUUCUGGCAGAAUGUGUGAUAAAUAUGCUUUGUGAUGCAUCGGGCUGUAGUUCUAAAAAGCUAUUCUAAUGUAAUGCUCUAAAAGUGGAGCAGUGAACAUGGAAAUCAUCAGGAUGCUAACGCCCAUUGCACCACUCUUAGUAUUUUCCACCAAGAAUAAUUUACCAAAAAGAUGAGCCAUUGUCUCCAUGAACACGUUGUGUAUAAAAUAUGUAUGAUAAGAUAUGAAAUGCAUGGGAUCUAUUGAUUGUGUACAUUAACCACUCAAUGCUGAUUGUAAUCACUCUUGACGCACCAAAAUAAUACUCUGAAACAGGAAGGGCAAAGGGACAAAUGGAAUUUUGUGUUGGAAACCCGUUACUUAGCAAUAACAAGACCAUUAAUCCUGCACACUGCACCAUAUUGUUACAAUCAAAAGUGUACAACAAAUACAAAACUACCAUUCAUCUUAGAGGGACACUCCACUGUCCAAAUAAAAAAAUAAAUCAAAAUCACUGUUUAGUAGAUACAUCCCCAAUGAAACCACGCAUACUUUUAAUUAUGCUUUUUACCGUUGGGGUACGUUUGCAAGCCCUCCCCUACUAACCCUGCCUAGGCCUUCUGUGGCUGUCCAAUCACAGACUUCCCAAUGCAGCUCAAUGAGAAGUCUUUGCAAGGCAGGUGCUCUGGGCAAUUGCUGCCUCUUGAGUUUAGCUUAACUGAGUUAAACAAACCAGGACGUAACAGGAACCUAUUGUCUAAUUGACAGCCAGGAGGGUAUAACCAGGUCAGUUUAGAUAAAUGUCAAUUUCUACUGAAAUCUGCACUUUUUUUGUAAAAUGAAAGAAGAGGGCACACAUUCAGCAAUCUCAAGUGCUUUAUUUAUUUAUAAAAUAUUUUACCAGGAAGGAUACAUUGAGAUUUCUCUUGUUUUCAAGUAUGUCCUGGGUCCACAAAUCAUUGCAUUGUUACAUUAGGGUACGAUAAAAUACAAAAACAAUAUUAAUACACAAUAAAUACAAAAUGUAACAUAGAACAGGUAGGAAAUAUAUAAUCAACCAUGACAGGUGCAUUCUGUUUUGAGGUAUGUAGAGAGGGAUCUCUUAAAGGACUUUAGGCUUAGGGAAGAUUUAAAAUUGUGCGGGAGGCCGUUCCACAAUUGCGGUGCUCUGUAGAAGCACUGGGUCUGUAGUGACCCUUAAAGAGUUAUACUGUGUAUGAUGGGAAGACAGUGAGAUGUACAGUGAAGUGAUGGUUAACAUGUACACUCUAGACUGUAUUCCCAGUGAUUCUCAGCUUCUGACUAUUGUUCACCUCUGUCUGCACUGACAAGGAGAGACGGUUUUGGCUUAUGAUAUACUAAAAAGUCAAUCACACUGCACAACUGCUUUAGGUUGGACAGGGCACGCAAGCUAGGCUGACCCAUUGGGCAGCCCUUACACUUCGGACCACCCAGGGGCCCUGUCGGGCACCGUGGUCCUUUUAAUAGCUCACUGCAUUCUGUGGGCUUCGUAUACCGCCUGUUGGCUCGCUGUGGUCUAUGGGCUUCUUAUUACACCUGCUAGCUAACUGCCGUCAGUGAGGCCUUCUAAUUCCACCUAUUUUAGCUCGCUGUGAUCUAUUGGAGUUCUUUUUCUCCUCUUUUUUCUGAUCACGGAGCCUGAGUUUUUUUUUAUAGAAUAUAUAAACCUGUUCUAUGAAGCUCUGCUCAGAGCGAUGAAUGAGAGGCGUGCACCUUGUUAAAACAGAUUAUAGAUUCCAUAUUGUGAGAAACAUGGUAUUGUAUGUUGUCACCUUAUGAAUGAAAUCAUCUGUACUAGGGGUGGAUGUGAGCAUAGUAUGUAGUUUAGGUUCUAAAGUGAGAACAGAGCCUUAAAAAUCAGAUCGCUAAAUUAAGGCCAAAAUAGCCAACCUGUGGCUAUAGUUGGGUUGGAGAAUUUUGCCAAAUCAUCUAUUUUGGCCUUAAAUGUAUAAUUCAGUUUACAGGUCACUACAACUUUCUGUUUAGCGUAUAAACCAGUAAAACGUAAAUUGUGGUUAACUAAAAGCUGAGUUGCAACAUUUAGGCCAACCAGGUUUGCAAAAGCCACCAUGUUUUCUGGACAUUUUAUACUUCAAUUUUUGAGAUGGUGCUGCCCUGUUGUGUGCAGAAUUCAUAUACUGCAGUUUAGAAAUCACUACUUUAAUCAUGGAGGAACCUAAAUUAACUACUUUGAUUAGGUAUUAAAUGUCCCUCCUGCAUAUAAUUGCUACAUACAGGACAGGACUGCUCAUGAAUAAAUGAAGACUAGCCUUAAAAAAACACAUGGUGGAUCUGGAAAUCCUAUGGUUGGACAGGACUGGGCCACGUGUAUAUGUCUUCAUAUAUUAUUAAGACUACAGUAUGGCACAUUCCUUGGUCAGACUGUGUUCCAUACUGUUGAGAUGCAUCAUCGAGUCUGGUUCCUUACGUCUGACACUUCAAAGGAUAGAUAACGUUGUAUCAGUUAUCAGAAUUUUGUGUGUGUGCUCACAUUGAACAUGUGUUCUGUGAGUGCUGUUUGCUUGUUAAGCAAUGACUUGUGUGUGUGUUUCAUGGUAUCCAGCAGCUUUGUUUUGUGUACCACGGCAACGUCAAACAGCCAGUAAACUAUCAUUAAUAGGUUUCUAUCCCUCCACCUAAAACAUUGUUUGCAGACAAUUAUAACGUCAUUACAUUUAACUUCACACCCUGAGUAGAACUCGUAGCAUUGCCUCUGUAAAGACAAAACAAGUUGAACUACAGCAAAGUAUUGCAUGGUGAUACGUGACACAGUAUGUUUUGUAUGUAGAUAUUGUACAAGUCAACUGACAUACUAAUAGGGACUGACAGCUGUUAUUGGGUUUUUGUUUUUUUUUAAGCCAGUGUCAUUAGCAUGAAUUGCUGAUUUGUUGUGAAAUGCUCCCAGAAUACAUACAGAAUACAAAUGCUCCCAGAAUGAUUUGCACAUGGAACCCAAACUGAGAAUUGUCAGGGAUUGACCAGGCAACUGCAAUGGUUAAAAAUAAAUAGUUCAUAGGUUUCAACAGAAUUUGCUGGGACAGUCCUGCAUUUUGGGGUACAGACCCUGCAAAAAUAGGUCACAUAGAACUUCCCCACAUUUUGCAAUCUGGAAGCGACUGGAGAUUAGGACCGUGCUCGGAGAACUUCAGCAGCGCUCCAUGCAUGGUCUGUAGGCAGGGGCAGACUGUCAGUCAGCCUGGCCACCCACUUUAGGGGCAGGUCCGCCCCUUUGCCAGGGCUCAAUGCAGCCUCAAUCCCAGAUACCCAGUAGGUAGGCAGGGUAAAUUAGCUGGUAUGUGAGCUGGAAAUUAACUGAAUUGGAAACAUUUUCAAUUCAAUUGAUAAUGCAUAUGUGCAGUGGUGGAACUACCGUGGUCGCAGGGGUCGCAGCUGCGACCUGGCCGUUACACCGCGCGGGCCGGGCCCGCAUUUUCAGGGGCCCAUUGGGUGGCCCAUGCUGUUCGGGCCACCCGAUGCUAUGUAUUUCCAGGGGGCCCGGUCAGCGCUUUAGCAGCGUGACCGGACCCCCUUUGAUGAUGUCAGAUACUGGGAGGAAGUGACUGCCCCGGUCACUUCCUCCCAGCUACCACCGGGAGCCAUGCGGGAGGAAGGAGAGGAGGGAGUCAGAGUGGGAACACCCAUCAGGCUGAGCCACUGUACCCCAGGGAAAGGUAUGUGUGUCUAUAUGAAUGUUUCUCUGGAUGUGUGUGUCUGUAUGUGUGACUGCCUGUCUGUGUGUCUCUUUGUCUGUGUGUCUGUCUGUAUGUGUGUCUGUGUGUGUGUGUGUAUGUCUGUCUGUGUGUGUGUAUGUCUGUCUGUCUGUCUAUUUGUAUGUGUGUCUGUAUGUACGUAUGUGUGUGUGUGUUGUAUGUAUGUCUGUCUGUAUGUAUGUGUGUCUGUGUCUGCAUGUGUGUGUGUUCGUAUAUAUGUGUGUGUCUGUAUAUAUGUGUCUGUGUGUGUUUGAAUGUAUGUGUCUGUAUAUAUGUGUGUGUGUCUAUGUGUUUGUGUGUGUGUCUAUGUGUGUGUCUGCAUCUGUAUCUGUUUGUAUGUGUGGGGGGAAGGGGAAAACGUAUGGGAAGGGGACGGUAGACGUAUGAGGGGAGGGUGGCGUGGUGGUAGAUGUCGGAGGCGGGGCCCAGGACUGUUUUCGCACCAGGGCCCCGUGGUUUCUAGUUACGCCUCUGCAUAUGUGUUAUAGCUGCAUUAUCAAUGAAGCCCAGAUAUGAUGGUCCCUCAGCACCGAGAAGACCCUUAGUUAAAGAGACAGUCUAACUACCAAAAGCAUAUAAUCGCAAUGAAGAAAAGAUCCUGGUCCUGCAGACCUGUCAUUCUGUUUCUGAGAAGUGGCACUUCUCACAAUUCCCACUGCUGUAGUGACUGACAGACAGAAAGCCAAUACGGGCUUCAGAGUAGAAUAGAUUCACUAACUGAAUCUAUGCUACAUCUUGUAUCCAUGUAUGCUGGAUCCAGCAAUGCACCAGUUGUUCUCAGCACUUCCAUAUAAGAAUCAUUUCAAGUUGGUAACUUCAUCGAGGGUGAAUUGGGCUGCAGUGGUCCUGGAUUAAAGAUAAGUUUAAUUGCAGUUUUAACCCUUUUUUUUUCUUAAAUGAGGGCCAUUAAUCUAAACUAAUAAAGGAAGACAACCAAUUUUUAAGAAAAUAUUGAUUUUUAUAAUUGGCGUGUUCCUUUAAUAUCAAACUGCUUAACAAUAGGUUGCUACUAAACUGGGACAAUGACAAUGAACUCUACUGGUAAGGUUGCCCAAUUGGCUUUCUUUUUAUUUUUUCUCCAUUUUCUUUUAAAUGUUUACUAGCAUUUGACAUCAUUAUCCAGUUCAUUGCAGGCGGAGGCAGGGCCUAGUUUGAGUAGAAACAUUUUCCAACCCCUAAAUAUAAUCAAGUAAAUAUGUUUUUUUAUUUUUUUAUUUGAAAUUAAAAUAUUUCCAGGAUGUUUACUGUGAAAAUUAAGCAUGAGCUCUCAGGAGUUCUCUGUGCUUGUCACUAAAAAAAUGAAUGGGAUUUUGGAAGAAAUUUCAUUAUCACGAUAGUAUCUUGGCAUUUCCAUCACAAAGCAUUGUAUAGCGGUGACGUUUGAUCAUCGGAGAUUAUUUGCAGUGUGCCAUAACUGAUUAUUUGUCGAUUUCGAUGACCAGUUUAAAAAUUAGACAGCAGGAAGAUGCUAUAAGCUGUCUAGACAGGGGUAAAAACUGACUAACGAAUAUUAAUGGUUUUAUCCUCAAAGAUUUUUCUUGAUUAGUAAUGUGAAAAUCAGACAGGACAUAGUUGAAAAUGAGAGAAAUCUCAACGUACCCUUUCUGGUAAAAUAUUUUAUAAAUAAAUAAAUUUUACAAAUAGAAAUAUGUCUGAAAGGACAUUAUUAUUUAUUUGGAAUACUGUUCGAAAUUGUGUAUUGGAAUAAUUCUGGAAGAUCCUCAGAAUGUUUUAUGAUGAAACUUUCCUUUCUUCAUUACAGGUCCAAGGGAUAUUGUGCUAAAUAUCUGGUAGGACAUCUCUUGUGCAAUGUCUACAGCAAUCGUGGAAUGUAUCAGUUCAUUGUCUGUUAUUGCCCAGCAACUGCGAAGAUUACCUUGGAUCUUGGAAAGUGGGUUCCCAAAAAUGCCUUCUACUGUCAUGGAGUCUGAUGUUCCUCGAAUUUUCAGAGAGCCCUACAUCCAAACAGGGUAUAGACCGAUAAACCAGAACUGGAAGUAUUAUUUUCUUAGUCUUUUCCAGAAGCACAACGAGUCUGUCAACGUAUGGACGCACCUUCUGGUGGCUCUGGCCGUUCUCCUCAGGUUCCGAGCAUUUGCAGAAUCUGAGACUUUUUCCUGGGAAACUAUGUCCUUUCCUUUGGUUAUUUAUGUGUUAUCUUCAUUAACGUACCUUACCUGCAGCAUGCUUGCGCACUUGCUGCAAUCCAAAUCAGAGCUGGCGCAUUAUUCGUUUUACUUCAUGGACUAUGUUGGAGUUUGCACUUAUCAGUAUGGGAGUGCCUUGGCUCACUACUACUACAGCUCUAACCAAGGGUGGUAUGAUGUAGCUUGGCCUUUCUACUUACCAGGAGCUGCUUUCCUCGGGUGGAUGUCGUGCAUAGGUUGCUGCUAUGCAAAAUAUCGUUACAGAAGACCCUACCCAGUCAUGAGGAAGCUAUGCCAGGUUGUCCCAGCUGGUCUCGCGUAUAUCUUAGAUAUAAGCCCAGUCAUUCACCGCAUAUUGAAUUGUCACCUGGACAGCUGCACAGAUAUGUCUUUUUGGUUCCACUGUCUGCAGAUCAUUUUCUUCAUCAUUGGUGCUUAUUUCUUCUCCUGUCCAGUUCCGGAAAAAUAUUUCCCUGGUUGUUGUGACAUUGUAGGACAUGGACAUCAAAUAUUUCACGUGUUUUUAGGUCUAUGCACGUUGUCACAGCUGGAGGGAGUUCUUCUAGACUAUAACAAUAGGCAGGAGCACUUUAGAGUUCGGUACAGUUCCGGAUACACCCAAAUGUCAUGUAUAUCCUUCUUCCUGCUUAUAUUAAGCAGUGCUGUCUCUGCAAUUUAUCUACAACAAAAGAUCAAAAAGCAGCUAGCCGAGAAAGACUUCUAGCAGUGGUGCUAUUUUAUUAUAUAUAUAUUUUUAAAUUAACAAUGUAACACUCUGACUAAACUGUAUAGUAAAAUAAAACUGUGUAUUAACAGGGCUAAAAGUCAUGUUUGUAAUGGAAGUGCAACAUAAGAGUAUAUAGACAAAGCACUUGUCACUACUUGCAGAUACAACUUAGUGUUGGUGCACUACUUAAAGGGCAUCUUCGACCUUAAAAUGUAUUAAUUUAUACAUGUUUUGUUUCUAAUUCAUAGAAAGAACAAAAGACAAUAAUGGUCAAAAUUAAAUAUUUCCAAAUUGUCCGUUUCACAGUUACGCACUUAAUAAUUUGUAUAUAUAAUGUUGAAUACAUAUAUAUUGAAUUCCCUCUUCUCUGUAUGCCAGUGAGGGGUGUGAUUCAUUACCUUGUUCUCCAUUUUUGGUAGAAGCUGAUAACUUCUGGCUGCCUUGCAAAAGGUGUAAAAAAGGGAGCUGAGUUCAGAAAGGGCAUUAUUUUGUUAGGAAAGGUUUGCCCAACUCCAGUCUACUGAUGUAAUAAAGCCAUAAUUUGAAAACUUAGCGAUAUCUUCUUCCUGGAGAUCUUCCUUAAUGGGGAAGAGAAUGUGUAAAAGAUAGAUAGGUCUACCUAUGUAAGUGUGGGGGCCACCAUGAUGGAAAUCAAGAUGACUGGAAGUAAAUAUCACCAUAUCUUAUAGGUCAGGUUGGCUUUUCGAGCAACGAGUCAGGCUCUGGGCAACCAUUGAAACUCGGCUGCUUGCCACAUAUGAAGAUUAUCCAUAAUUAUUAAAAAAAAACAUAUGAAAUGUUUUGAAAAGCAAAAAGCAUGGGCAUUUUAUAGAUGAAUUAAUUUGAUGGAAAAUGUCUUGUAGAUGACCAAACCACUGGUUAAUGUAUAAAAGCUCAUGUCAUGAGAUUACCACUUUUAGUGCCUGAACUAUGGGGGAGAAUGUACUGUGCAAUGAUAUAGAUUUUGACAAAAUCCAGCCUUAUGAGUGCUCUAGACGAAGUGCCUAGACCAUAAGUGAUCCACAUGACAGAAUUUGAAAACAAUGAUGGGACUUAUACAAUGAAUGUCAAGUAGAUGCUGUGGGAGUGGACAUUUUUUAAAUCUGCUGACCUCCCUCACGUGUCCAUGAUACCAUCCUUAGCAAAUAUAAUUUAUUAUUGCUCCUUUUGCUGCUGUUUCCUUAAGAACCAAUUUUCUAUCACCCAUUUGGGGGAAAGAACUUACAUUAAGAGUUACUCAGUGGUACUGUGUUUUGGAUGUCCACUUAUCGUACAUACUGACCUCUUCCUAAAAUGUUGUUGUCUUUUUGAAAAAACCUUUUGUACUUAUAUUAUGUCUUAAAAUGUGAAUUGGUGCUGGCAAAAAUAAUAUUCUCCUGCCAAUUUAAAUGUACCUAUUGUUAUUUUAGAGGCUGCACUAAUUAACAGUUUCCAUCAGUUCCAGUUCCAAUCACCAAGUUUUAAAGUAUAAUGUUGCUGAGCGGAAAAUCUGGUUGAGGUUUCCAGGUUACACAGGAAUAUCAACUCUGGAUGCAAUGAAACCAGAAUUUCGAGAAACUUUACUGAAUGAACGUCGACACCAGGUUGCAAUGUUUAAGCUCCUGUGUCGAAGAUUAGACCAGACCAUUCCAGUGUAGAGCAUUGGGUACGUAGUAUGGAUUCUGUCUAGCAAGACUCAGAAUGUAUAGAUAUGAUAUAGAUAUGAUAUGUAGAUCCAUGUAGAUGUCUACUUAAUUCAGCAAAGCCUUUUGUACCCAUCUACCAUGCAAGGAACACUAAGAAUUCAUCGGAUGGUUCUGAGUCAUUCACGGUGGUCUACUUUAAAAAAUACACGUGUUAAGUAUAACUGUAACAAACCUCUCUCCUGGUACUGUUUAUCAUGUGUUAUUUAUUGAUUAUUCCAAUAGGGAUGCUUCAUUUAAAUUCUAGGUCCUACUGACCUGUGAACUAAUGUACUACCAACAUUCUCAACAUGUGCAGUAAAUUAAUGUAUCUGUUUUAUACUUGAUUUUUGAUGUUUACUAUGUAAUCACUUACUUGCCUUAAACUUUGUACUGAAAUGGACUUUCUUCAUUCCGUAGCAAGGCUGGUAAGCUGCCUGCUGGUAGAUAAACUCUCACAAGCCUCUGCCAGCCUCUGCUCUGCUUAACCACUUUUGGAGAAGACCAGUGAUCAGGUCAAGAUUUUCAGAAUGGGCAUACCCCAGUGUGUUUUCUAACUGCCAUGUUUACAGUUACAGUAGCAUGGCAACUAAAUAAAACAUAUGAAGGAAAAUAAUUCUGCUUGUGUCUUUGUUUUAUCAGCAUUGCAUAGUUUAAAGUGACACUAUAGACACCCAGACCACUUCAGCUCAUUUAAGUGGUCUGGGCGCAGUGUCCCAGUCCCACUUAGUCCUGCAAAGUAAAAUAUUGCAGAUUUUGAGAAACUGCAAUACUUACCUUGCAGGACUAAGACUACCUCUAGUGGUUGUCAAUCAGGACCAUGGGAGAGAGGGUGGAACGGAGGG